AAGACAAUUACAAAAAACUUACAAGAACGAUAGGUUGAAAAGGACCCUGCUCAAACGAGCUUACAGUCUAUAGUAGGUGGGGUAAAAAACACAAUAGGACAGGAGAUCGCAAUCAAACAAGGUUGAAGCAGAGCUGGAGGAGAGUGAGAAGAGUGCUGCCCAAGGGACAGGUAUGUGAGGUAGAGGUUACUCUGGGAGGCCAUAAACUUUCCUGAAGAGAGGGUUUUUAAGGAACUUCUUAAAAGAUUGAAACCGAAAAGCUAUCCACUGUAAGAUUAGUUUGGGGGGGUGGCCACAGCAGGGCGAAGAAGAGAGUUCAAGGUGUCAAAGAGACGCCUGGGAUUGCAGGAGUGUGCACUAAUGAGAGAGAGAGAAAAGUAUGACUGGCAAGGGCAAGGGCUGCACUGUAUGAAUGCAAUAUGAAUCUAUAAUGGAGAAAGUCUGACUGGGUGCAAGACUUUCUCCAGCACAACGGGAGCAUCUUUGCAGGUAGCAUGUUGAUUUAGUGUGAGGACUGCAGAGGUGAGGAUAGUGUUACACGUGGGGAUAGCCAGUGAGGGACAGGAGAGGGUAGGGAUGGAUAGGAGUUGGGAAUCAGCCAGCUGACAGCUGCUGGAGGUCAAUAGAAUUAAGGUUCCUCCUGAGUUGGGGGGCUAGGGCGAGGAUGUUUGGUGAGGGGGUUCUCGAGAGCAAAUGAUCAGAGGCGGUAAUCAGAGAGAGGAAAUGGAGUUUUGCAGAUAUUAGACACUGUGCAUGCAGAAGAGAAAAUAAGGUCGAGGGUAUUGCCAGCUACAUGAGUGGGAGAAUUAGACCACUGCGAUAGCCCAAGGGAGGUAAUUGAAAGUAGUUUAGAGGCUACUGAGGUCAAGGGUGGGUAAAUGGGAAUGUUGAAGUCCCCAAGAAUUAGGGAUGGAAUAUUAGAGGAGAGGAAGUAGGGUAGCCAGGCAGCAAAGUGGUCAAGGAAGAUGAGAGGGAAACCGGGUGAUACAUAAUGUCAAUGUUAGCAGAGAUGGGUUUGAAUAGGCGAAUCAAAUGAAUUUCAAAUGAUGAAAAAGAGAGGGAAGGGGGACAAAUACCAACUCUACCACUAACCAAAUCCUUAAACCAAGUCUAACCCAGGGCCGGAUUGACAUAGGGGCUAAUGGAGCUGCAGCUCCAGACCCAUGCCUAUGGAAAAGGCCCAUUGGUUUAAACAUUUUUUAAAAUGUAUUUUUUAUUUUUUAUUUUUUUUUACUCGCUACUCUUCAUACUCUUGCUUAAGUAUGGAAACUUAAGAGGGAUGUGUGGGAACAAAACCUGUUUGGACUGAAUCGAUGCUUUCCUAUGGGGACAAAUCUGACACUGGCUGUCUUAAUGCAGAACGUGAGGACAUCCAGCGUCGGAUACUGGACCAAAGGUCCAUUUUGAUGCAGUAAGCACCUCCAGUGGCGGUCUAUGAGGCAGAUAUUUGACCUUUGUCAAAGUCACGCAAAUCUUUUUGCUUGCCCAUUUUUCUGUUUUCCAACACAUAAAAUUCACUGUCUGCCCAAUAUAUUCCAUCCCUAGACAGGAGCCAUUGGAACGAUAUAAUCAAGGUUAUUCACUUCAGUGGUUUUAAUGUUGUGGCUUAUCAGUGUGUGUUUAUGUAUGUGUGUGUGUGUAUAGAAAGAGAAAAAAAAACUCAAAAUGGAUUCACUGAUAAUUUGCUGAAGGAAGUGUAACAAUUUCUCGUAGCGACAUUAAAGGGUCACAGACAACCUCAGAAAAAAAGUUACUUGCGCUCUUCCCAAAUCCGUAUGUAUAUUUAAACUAAUGGAGGUUAUUUAGUUACUCCAAUGACCAUGAGAGGGGAUGUCCACCUGCAACUUCAAGGCAAACACACUGCUAUGUUACAGUGCUGCUGCCCACCCCAUGCGUUCCCUAUUAAGGGUUAAUAAUCAGGUAGGAGUUUAUAAAAAUACCCCUGUGUGUAUCAUUAGAGAUAUCUUUGUCAGAAGCUCAAGGAAGCAAGGUGAAUAAUCAAUGUAGGACGUGGCAGGUGGGCAUUCCUCUAAUGGCCGUUGGAGUUACUAAAUAACCUCCAUUUGUUUAAAUAUGCUUAAGGAUUUGGGAAGUGCGCAGUAACUUUUUUUUUUUCCUUUGGCUUUUACUGUAUGUAUUGGGGGGGCUGAUGUGUACUAUGCUUGUUGCUGCCGCCCAAGAGUAGUGGGAGUUUGAGCACAGGACUUUUUUUUUUUUGUAUUUGUAUCCAGACAACCUCAGCUAAUUGAAGUGAUCUGGGUGCAGUGUCUCUAUUUCUCUUAGUGCUGCAAUGUUAAACAUUGCAAUUCCAGAGAAACUGCAAUGUUUACAUGCAGCACUAAGUCUGUCUCCAGUGGCUGUCUCCCUCGUGCAUCCAAACGGACAUCCAGCGUCUUUGAUUAAUCCAGCAUUGAUGAAUUUAUCGCAUCUGCACAUUAGUGCCCGGAGAAGGAGGAGCCGCAACCCAGUGCCGAGGUUCAUCGGCGCUGGGAUAAGCUAAGUAAAUAAAGGGUUUUUCACCCUUUAUUCACCAACGACGGUAGUGGUGUUGUGGAGGCAGGCUCAGGCACCGACGGUAGUGGUGUUGUGGAGGCAGGCUCAGGCACCGACGGUAGUGGUGUUGUGGAGGCAGGCUUGGAGACUAUUGUGAAGCCUAAUAGAAAGCAGUUGUUGUUGGGGGAUUCUAUCAUAAGAGGUGUGGAGAUAGACAAUGGUGAGAUGUCUUCCUGAAACUACCGCUCACAGAGACAGGAGACGUAUUUGUAAUAUUGUUAAGCGAGCAAAGCAGGAAGUACUUGUCCAUCCAGGGACAAAUGACUUGGCUUGUAAUGAGGUUUCAGAGGUAAAGGAAGUUUUUAGUGUUUUUGCAGGUUGCUUCCACACUGUCAUUCUCUGAAGUUCUUUCUGUGCAUAACACUCAGGCGGAUGCGUAUUAGGGACUUUAACUUAUGGCUUGGUGAAUGGUGUCGGGAGCAAGGAUUUGGAUUUAUUUCUCAUGGUAGCUCUGUUUGGAAUGUAAAUAAACUGUACAAAAAAGAUGGUUUGCAUCUUUCUCAAAAGGGAACAAAUGUUCUCAAUGAGCAGUUCAGAGGUUUUGCUAGGAUGUAUUUAAACUAGGAGGGUGGGGGCAAAAGGGUGAUAAAACAUCAAUCCAAUUGCCCCCCAAAACAAGGACAGAAGGUGCCUGUAGCAAGUGUGUUAAAAAAUUACAAGCUUAGAGUCUUGUCUACAAAUGCUCACAGUUUAAGGAAUAAGAUCUAUGAACUUGUGGCAAUAAUGGCAACUGAUAAAGUAGAUUUAGUCGCUGUUACUGAGACAUGGUAUAAUGAGAAAAAUGACUGGGACAUAGCAAUACCAGGGUACUCUUUAUAUAGAAAAGACAGGGAAGGCAAGAAAGGGGGAGGGAUGGCCCUGUAUUUGAAGGUUAGCAUACAAUCUAGCCUAAUAAAAGUUAGUGAGGCGAACGUAGAGUCCGUUUGGGUUACGUUAGAAUUUGGUAAUCACACAGUAAUUCGUGUAGGCGGGAUUUAUAGGCCCCCAGGACAAAUAGAAGAGUUACAUAAUCUACUAGUUGAGGAAAUAGCUAAAAUGACAAUAAAGGGGGAAGUUAUCAUCAUGGGUGACUUUAAUCUUCCUGAUGUGAAUUGGAAAACCAAAAUAGCUGCUUGUGCUAGGAGCAUACAGAUUCUAAACUCCCUACUGGGAUUGUCUCUAAAACACAUCGUUGAGGAGCCAACUCGUAAGGAAGCCAUACUAGAUUUAGUGUUAACAAAUUGAGAUUUGGUAUCAGAUAUUACUGUAGGCGAAAGUUUGGGAUCCAGUGAUCAUCAGUCAGUGUGGUUUAAUAUAAGAACAGUGACUGAGUCACACCACACAAAAACAAAAGUUUUAGACUUUAGAAAAAGACUUUUCUAAAAUUAGAACAUGUGUAAAUGAGUCAUUAUCAGACUGGAGCAAUUUAAAAGGAGUCCAAGAGAAAUGGGAUUAUUUAAAAGUUGCACUACUGAAGGCAACAGAAAAUUGCAUUAGGCUUGUCAGUAAAAGCAAAAAAUUCAAGAAACCACUGUGGUACUCCGCAGAUGUGGCCAAAAUAGUUAAAAACAAAAAGUUAGCAUUUAGGAAUUAUAAAAAAACCCAGAGUGAGGAAGACAGAAUGAUCUAUAAGAUUAGGCAGAAAGAGGCUAAGCAAGUUAUAAGAGCUUCCAAAUCACACACAGAAGAGAAAAUAGCACAGUCAGUAAAAAAAGGGACAAAACAUUUUUUAGAUACAUAAAUGAGAAAAGGAAAGUAAAACAAGGAUUAGUUAGAUUAAAAACAAAAGAAGGAAGGUAUGUAGAAGAGGAUAAAGAUCUAGCUGACUGCCUCAAUUAAUAUUUUUGUUCAGUAUUUACAGAUGAAAAUGAAGGAAAAGGGCCUCAGUUAGGAAAAAGGACAAAUGAGUCAUUUGUUACGUGUGAGUUUACAGAGGAAGAGGUUCUAUCUCAACUGUCAAAAGUAAAGACAAAUAAGUCAAUGGGACCUAAUGGAAUACACCCAAAGUUAUUAAAAGAGCUUAGUGGUGUACUAGCAAAACCAUUAACAGAUUUAUUUAACCAAUCAUUGUUAAUAGGUGUCCCAGAAGAUUGGAAGUUAGCGAAUGUUGUGCCCAUUCACAAGAAAGGUAGUAGGGAGUAGUCGGGCAACUAUAGGCCAGUAAGCCUUCAGUAGUGGGGAAAGUAAUGGAAACCAUGUUAAAGGAUCGGAUUGUUGAACAUCUAAAAACACAUCGAUUUUAAGAUCGGAGACAACAUGGGUUUACUUUAAGGAGAUCAUGUCAAACUAAUAUUAUUGAUCACUAAAAUAGAUCAGGGUGGUGCAGUAGACAUUGCUUAACUAGAUUUCAGUAAGGCUUUUGACACUGUUGCACAUAGAAGGCUUAUCAAUAAACUGCAGUUUUUAAGUUUGGAUUCCAAUAUUGUUGAAUGGGUAAGGCAGUGGCUGAGUAACAGGCAACAGAAGGUUGUAGUCAAUGGAGUAUAUUCGAAGCAUGGGCUUGUCACCAGUGGGGUACCUCAGGAAUCUGUACUUGGACCCAUUCUCUUUAAUAUUUUUAUUAGUGAUAUUGCAGAAGGUCUUGAUGGUAAGGUAUGUCUUUUUGCUGAUGAAGAUAUGUAACAGGGUUGAUGUUCCAGGAGGGAUAAGCCCAAUGGAAAAUGAUUUAGGUAAACUAGAAAAAUGGUCAGAGUUGUGGCAACUGACAUUUAAUGUGGAUAAGUGUAGGAUAAUUCAUCUUGGACGUAAAAACCUAAGGGCAGAGUACAGAAUAUUUGAUAGAGUCCUAACCUCAACAUCUGAGGAAAGGGAUUUAGGGGUGAUUAUUUCUGAUGACUUAAAGGUAGGCAGUCAAUGUAACAGAGCAGCAGGAAAUACUAUCAGAAUGCUAUAGGGAUAGGUAUUAGCAGUAGAAAGAGGGAAAUGCUCAUGCCAUUGUACAGAACACUGGUGAGAGCUCACUUGGAGUAUUGUAUGCAGUACUGGAGACCGUAUCGCUAGAAGGAUAUUGAUACUUUAGAGAGAGCUCAGAGAAGGGCUACUAAUCUGGUUCAUGGAUUGCAGGAUAAAACCAGGAAAGGUUAAAGCAUGGGUCGUCAACCUGGUCCCUACCGCCCACUAGUGGGCGUUUCAGGAUUCCAGGUGGGCAGUAGGGAUUUCGGUGGCUAAAUCCUCUUUUCAGAGGAUUUCUCCUUUUGGGCGGGCGCGAGCGGCUCUGCGGGCGCAAGUUUUCAGUGACCGGCAGGAGGUAGUGCUCCCUCCUGCCAGGCCACCUUCUGGACCCCCAGGUGCGGCAGAGUUCUAAUCCGAGGCAGCGAGGGAGCUCUAACCUCUCUGCACUGCUCCCUCGCUCGAUAUUUGCUGAUGCCACGGGAGCUGGAAUAUGACGUCAUAUUCCGUCUCCCGGCAUCAGUAGACAGCCCGCGAGGGAGCAGUGCAGAGAGGUUAGAGCUCCCUCGCCGCGUCUGAUUAGCACACAGCCGCCCGCUGAAGUGAAGCCCCACUGGACCCCAGGGACAGACCCACACCAGCUCUCCAGGUAGGGAGGCUGGGUGGACGUUUAAUAUUAAUAAUUUGUGUGCAUGUGUGUGUGUCUGUAAGUGUAUAUGUGUGUCUGUCUGUAAGUGUAUAUGUGUGUCUGUCUGUAAGUGUAUGUGUGUGUGUGUGUGUCUGUAAGUGUAUGUGUGUUUGUGUGUCUGUGUGUGUGUGUCUGUAAGUAUGUGUCUGUAAGUGCAUGUGUGAGUGUGUAUGUUUGCGUGUAUGUGUUUCUAUGUGAGUGUGUGUGUGUCUGUAAGUGUAUGUGUGAGUGUGUGUGUCUGUGAGCAGAGUACUUGUAGAAUAGGAGAAAGAAGAAGUAGAAUACUUGUAAAAAAAGGAGAAAGAAAAGGAAAAGGAGAGAAUUGUUGUUGACUAAUAAUAGUAAGUGGGCUACCUAGCUCAGCCUUCCUACUAGGCAUUGCUAUAAGGAAGGUUAAAAAAUAGAAAAAAGGAAGAAAAAAAAGGUGGGUAGGGGAAUUGAGGAGGGAGAGGAGGGGAGCUGACGCACAGAUGGGAAAUCAUUUUAUGCGCAAACAAGGAAGUCUUCUGCGUAUCACCGAAAGAGGAGACCUUCGUUUGUUCUUUACGAAAAUCGAACCAGAUAUCAAAUAUUUAGUCUCGCAGCAUCAACCUCAAGGAUCUCCUUAAUCACUAGUAAAGGUAAUUUCAAUUUACUUUAUUGCUUCCUCAUUAAACUUUUUAUAAAGUUAAAAACAUUAUAAACAUGCAUAAAGUUGAAAUAAAAAGAUAAAUGUACGUACAUUUAUUUUAUUUUUUAAAAACACCCUCCUUUCUAAAAAAUAUUCCGCACUUGCGCGAAAACUGGUGGGCGGUAAGGACAUUUUUCCAUCAAGAAAGAUGCAUUAGUGGGCGGUAAGUGGAAAAAGGUUGACUACCACUGGGUUAAAGGAUCUUAACAUGUAUAGCUUGGAGGAAAGACUAGACAGGGGGAUAUGAUAGAAACAUUUAAAUACAUAAAGGGAAUCAACACAGUAAAGGAGGAGACUAUAUUUAAAAGAAGAAAAACUACCACUACAAGAGGACAUAAAUUAGAGGGGCAAAGGUUUAAAAAUAAUAUCCGGAAGUAUUAUUUUACUGAUAGGGUAGUGGAUGCAUGGAAUAGCCUUCCAGCUGAAGUGUUAGAGGUUAACACAGUAAAGGAGUUUAAACAUGCAUGGGAUAUGCAUAAGGCUAUCCUAACUAUAAGAUAAGGCCAGGGACUAAUAAAUAGUAUUUUGAAAAUUGGGCAGACUUGAUGGGCCGAAUGGUUCUUAUCUGCUGUCACAUUCUAUGUUUCUAUGUUUGGUGCUAAUGGAGUCUCUUUUUAAUAUGAUGCUUUUUUUCUUUCUUAAAGCCCACUGUAAUUGCAAUUUAUAUAUUAUCAUUCAGUUGAAUAUAUACACAUGGUUUCUUCUAAUGUAAAAUCUGCAUCACAAGUAUUUUUUUUAUCUUUUUUUCUUUUUUUAUAUCUAUCCUAUUAUGUUGCAAAUACUUUUUCUUAUCAGUUACAGAUUGCGCAUGACAGGAAAUAUAAGUCUUCCUCUGAAAUCUUCAGCACUAUGACCCACAAGUUUACAGCUAAUGUAAAAUUACGUUCGAUUUAUUUUUGUUUUGUGAUUAAAUUUUCUAUUGAGACAUACUGAAUUACACAAGCAAGGAUAUCAAGUAUACAUCAAUACAAGUAGUAAACUAUAAAGGCAGUAUAAAUUGGUGUAUACUGCAAAGCAGUGCUUCGUUUUUCUAGAUAAAUCGUCUAGUAAACGUACACAGAUGCAAGAUGUAAGUACAAUUAAACAUAUUAUGCUAUGAUUACUUGCUAACUGUGAAAGAGUUAGGUAUACAGAAAUAUUUUAUUUUUAGACAUGUGCCAGCUCAACGUUUUAAAGGCUACAUAGAGGGAAGCUACAACUAAGAGCUGGGGUGCAUAACUGACAAACAUAUACUAUAUCACCCAGGGGGCCCCUGCGGUGAUGCAUGAGAUAGGAAUGCCCAUAUCAGUGGUAAGAGGUAGACGAGAGAGCAUAACUUUUAACUAUGAAAAUCAGAAGGAAAAGAAUAAGACAUCAAUUCAAAGGAACCAGUUGCUUUGUACAAUCCCAGUUUGGUCUGGCUGGCUGCAAGCACCACAACCCCAGUAUCGGCAGGUGUGGCACCCAGGUGUUGUGGAGAGAUAAGCCUAGUGAUGGUGAUAUCCCCCUGCAGCGUCCCCGAGGAUCUAGACACUCUGGUGGGCCAUGCACUGCAGCCGCCGACUGAGCACUCUAUUCGCCUCCACCUAUUAUGCCACUAGACUGGAGCCGAUGUCUCAAACUGCAUCCAUGCUGGUAAGCUCUGGGGUGGGUCGUUAUUCCUCUCCCACUUAGCAGGCUGUUGCAGAUGGUGGUUCAGCUUGCCCCAGAAUACUGUAAGACUUCUUUCCUUCGUAGUAUUAAGUCAGCGUCUCGGGGUCUUGGAGUUGUAAAAGGGCCCCCAAGGAGAUGACUGGGAUCACACCCACCUGUCCAUAGCGCCAAGGGUCUGGCUUGUAACUGUUGGGCAGGAUAGCAGGGCGGUGGCCAUCCAUUUCACUUAUGGCCUGAGUAGGCCUCAGCCACAAAGACAUACAACAUUCCUUCAAGGGGCCAAAAUUCACAUUGCAAGCUUAGCAUUUGUACCAGCACCUCUUUUGCAAUGGACUGCAGCUUCCAGGCAUCGGUCUCAAAAAAGCCAAGAAUUUACUUACCUUAUAGUCGAAAAACUUCAGGUGUUGAUCGUUCAUGUGAACAUUCAGCAUGGCGAUCAAGCAGUCCGACUUGUGUUGUUUCAGGAACUAUGUUUUUCCAAGUCUUAUUGUACAAUGCUGCAAAGUAUAAAUAUCCCCAAUAAUAGUCUUUAAAAUUACUAAAGUCUGUAUGAAUAACAGGGUAGUCAAAGCCACAGUUACCUUAAAGAUAUACUUCAGAUUGUACUCUAAAGAUUUAAUAGAAAUAAAACCCACAAUAAAUAGUCUCUUCACGUAAUUCCCAGCAUUGAGAAGCAUGAAACAAUGACAGUGGUGGGUAAACCUACAGGGGGUAUGCCAUUGAUUCACUUUGUUUCCAAGAGGGUGUGGGAACAUCCAACUCGUGCUGACUGGCCCCACGUAGAACUGCAUAUGCACAGGAUAUGUUAAUGUGCCCUGCACAUUGGCUGAAUGCCUUCAGUGUUUUUUGCACAGUGCUUGCAUUUUUAAAGACAUACUCAGGCUCCCAUUUAUGGGGUUUUGGUUCUAGUGUCCCACAUCUGGAAGGAGAUACGGGACACUUGCAAAUUUGGGAAGGCAGGACAGGAAUUCAAGGGUGUUUUUUUGAACCCGUGAUGGUUGUGAUACCUUUUAAGAUUCCUGCAUUCCUAACUAGACCCCUAAAUCUAGUCAUUCUAUAGAUAUUGAGCACUGACUAUAUCCUGCAAAUACCUGCCAUGCAAGGGUUUGUGGGAUAUGUAGUUCAGGAUUCGGUAGUGGUCAGCACCUCAUAAGAUUUUCUUGCCAGCAGUGAUGUGCUCCAGAUUUGCGAUGGAUCCAAGAAAAUGACAGAAAAACAGCACUCACUCUCAGAAUAGACUAGAAUGAGGGUCUCUGUCUGUAGCAGCAGUAGGAUCUGUUAAACGUUAAAAUAUAAUAGUUUAAUAAUAACUAUAAAACAAUAAUAAUAAUAAUUUUUUUGUGUGUGUGCAAUUGUUAUGCUUUUUUCUCUCCUCCCCAUAAGUCUUAUGCAACAUCCAUGUAAUGCAUUAAAAAGGAAGGAGGGGAAUGCUGUUUUCCUUUAAAGGCAAAUACAAAUUUCUGGGCAUAGGGGGGUUUAUCAUCUCUUGUAUUGUUUUUUCAUUAAGAACUUUGCUAAUAAUUUGCCACGUUGAGUCAGGGAAAAAAAAUACAUGGUUGGCACUUUCAAGAUAUUUAAUAUGUCAAUUGGCUAAUGGUUUUCAAACUAUGGUUGCCAUCAAGAAAGUGGUUAGCACUCUGUGAGAUUAUAAAGACAGAAAGUAAACAUUGUCAAUAAUUCAACCUACAUGGACUUUUGAUUGUGUAUAAUAGUUGUAAAUAAAUAGAUUUUAUAACAACUGAUUUUGCUGAAGACCAGAAAAAUGGAUUCUGUGUCACAUGACUACCACUUCCCCAUUUGAAUUCGUGCCAGUGUUUUCCUCUUGUGGCAAAAUCAUUUUACACAGUCUGCACUUUUGCUCUCCUUUAAACCGCAGCCAUGGUGUCAUCGCAAGGAAGGCAAUCCUAAAAUUGCAUAUGUUGAAAUAUUCUGCUAGCGCUGUAAUGUGGAUCUGUUUUUUCAGUGUUCCACAGUUAAGAGCUGACGGAACACAUUGCUCAUUUGAGCUUGUCAUGUUCGUACUGUGAUCUUACCUUGUCACAUCAAUGAUUCGUGCUUAAUGGUGACUGUCCGCGUUGUCACCAAAUAUUAUUUACUAUCUUUAUUCACCACAGUUUAUAAUGAGAUAAUGUUUUAAACAUUUCUUAGAUUUCAUUUAAAACAUUUUUUUAAAUUUACAUUAUUUUUCUUAAAUUUACAUUUAAACAAAAAAAAACAACAACUUCCUUUUAUUUUGCAGAGGAACCAUGUUUGGUCAGACUUGACUGUUAUCUGAUCAAGUGCUGUUCAGCCUAACUUGCUUUCUGCUGCAAUUGCUCUGCAUUCUCGGUGUGAAACUGCAGCAGCAGUUGGUCAGAUACCAUUAGACUCUGACCCAACAUGGUUGCCAGAUGAUAAAAAUAAAUAAAUAAAGGGAACUUUUCUCAGAAAAAUCUGUAUACAUCAUUUAAAAAAUAUAAUUAAAUUUCAUUAAAUGUAAAAAUACGUGAAGUGAAAAUGUGAUUACUGUUGUCCUUUUGCGCACUCCUCAUAAGAUAAUAUAGCCCCUACUUUAUUCUAAAUAGAAUUAAAAAAGAAAAGAAAUGGAAGAACAAAAAAGUAUUUGUUUUAAACCAAAACCUGAAAAGUGAUAAUGCCCUUUUUAUCAGGGCCCACCCUGACUUUUUAUGAGCUCUCCCAAAGUAAUUUUCUUGUAGGAAACAAAAAAAUAAACUGUGUGCUCUUUUUGACCUUUUCAAGUGCAGGACUGUAUGUAGUUCGCUGUCAGCAGAUUAAUUCAUGACAGACAGGACCAAGAGCUUCCUUUUAAGAGUUCAAUGUAUGUGUAACAGAGGACUUGGACAGACAGAAGCUUCCCAGCUACAGCUGCAGAUUUUAGUGUAGCUAUUAGACAUAGACACUAUAGACAAGAGACCUCUUUGCUCAAUAACCUUUACAUAGGCUCUAUUCCUUUUACGCACUAGUUCGGUUUGUGACUUUUUUGGGAAAUUAUUUCUUAUAUUAUUUUUGCUAAGUUAAUUAACUUCUCACUUAUUUGCUGCAUGAAGUGGAAUACAGUAGUUGUGGUAUUAAAUUUUACGCCAAAUGAGAACUGUACCAACUAAUUUCUUUCAGGCGAAUUGGGUUUCAAAGCACAAUAUUUACGUUGUAUUUUCAACACAUUAAUGAUGUACCCUUUUACAGAAACCUAUUAUCUAAUUUUUCUUUCCCCAAGCAAUUGGCCCAUCCGACUCAACCAUUUUUCUUCAGGUAAUAGUCCUGACAGAAAAAAUAGUGCUUUAACUCCUAAAUGGCAGAUUACUGAGCAAAUCUUGAGACUGCAGGGACAUGAUCUAUACACAAAGACUGCUUUGUUAAGCUGUUUUAGUGAUCGCAGUCUGUAAUUCUCUGUGAGAGUUUACCUACAAGUGGUGUGAGUUAUAGUCUGUCCAGAGCUGAAAAACAAGCAGGGUUACAUGUUGGGAUGUUUUCUCAAGUAUACAGGUAAAUGACAACCCCACCAAAUUAAUUAUAGAUGUAAAAAUGCAUUAAGACAUUUAAACCUAACAUGUAUACACAGUAGAAUAAUCUAUUCUAAAUUGCAUGGAAAUGCCUGCAGUGUGAUUAUACUCACCAGAACAAAUACAUUAAGCUGUAGUUAUUCUGUUGACUAUAGUAUCCCAUUAAAUAAAUUGUCAGUAGUUUCAUUGAUGACUGCUGUAAUUUUUUUCCCCAUUCCGAUCAAAUACCAAAUCUUAGCGUCCAUUCAAGCCAGACAGACUCUCAGAGCUGUGCAAACCUUGUAUAUAAGUUUGUACACUGUGUGGGGAAACGUUAGGCCCCUAUACUCCCUGUUUAAAAGCACUACCCAUGGGUCUGGGUGGAGGGUCACAGUAAGGUAAUUAGAUAAUUUAGCAAACAGGGAAUCUCACAGAGGCUUAAAGGACCACUAUAGGCACCCAGACCACUUCAGCUUAAUGAGGUGGUCUGGGUGCCAGGUCCAGCUAGGUUUAACCCUUUUUUCUAUAAACAUAGCAGUUUCAGGUUAAUCCACCCUCUAGUGGCUGUCUCAUUGACAGCCGCUAGAGGGCUUCCGCACUUCUCACUGUGAAAAUCAGUGAGAAGACUCUGACGUCCAUAGGAAAGCAUUGUGAAUGCUUUCCUAUGGACUGGCUGAAUGCGCACGCAGUUCCUGCCGCGCAUGCGCAUUCAACCGAGGAGGCGGAGAGAAGCAGGAGAGCUCCCCGUCCGGCGCUGGAGAAAGAGGUAAGUUUAACCUCUUCCUCCCCCCAGAGCCUGGCGGGAGGGGGACCCUGAAGGUGGGGGCACCCUCAGGGCACUAUAGUGCCAGGAAAACGAGUAUGUUUUCCUGGCACUAUAGUGGUCCUUUAAUCUUGGGACAGGAGUACCAGCUAUGCAAAUACAUACCCUGUUCGCUCCUUGCGGAAGCUAGUGGAGGCCGGGCCGGGCUGAGCGUUUGCUAAUCUAGAGGGAUGAAUGUACCAGCGUGCCAGCACUUAAUAAGCUUCUCCCUAAUCAAGAUAGAUUGAGUAAUGUGCACCAUAUUUGUAAAGGUGUCAGACAAGGAAACACUUGCUCUUGUAUUCACAGCAGCAGCUAUAUUUGUACUUUUAAAGUUUUUGCAGCGUAAAAUGUAUUCUAAAUGUUGGCAAUUUGUCUAGAACAGUGUGUAAAAUCCUUUUUAUAAAUAUAUUUAUAUAUUUUUUAACCUUUAAAGGGACAUUUACAUUUUAAUGAUGCCCAAUAUUCUAUAUUUCACUGUAAGAUAGGGUUAUCCUGUAAAUAACACAUUCUGACAGAGCAAAUGUUCUUUGCCUCUCAAUAUGUUCAUGGUUGUCUGACUUUGCAGUAAGAGGGAAUAAAGAUUUGAUAGUGUUGAACGAGGUUUUUCCACAGCUUGUCUAAAGAUUUAGUACCAUGUAGCUGAAAAUGAAAGCAAACAUUUAGAAAGAUUUAUUGCAGGGUUUUCUCUAUGACUUAUGAAUUUGGUGUCUAUCUUCAGUGAAUUCCUCAAGUGUUUUUUCAAUUCGUAACAAGUAAAGAUAUUUUGUUACAGUUAUAACAAUUUGCUUGUUUUAGUUGAGGAAGGGGAGCAGUGCUUUUCAAAAUCAAAAACUGGAUGUGUAUUUGAUUAUACAGGGAUCACUUGCCAAUACAAAAAAAUAGCAUUUUUUUCCCCGACAUAUGGUGGCAGUACAAUAGGGAUGUACUCUUCCCUGGGACAAGCAUCUGAAAUUAAAAUUAACAUAAAAAGUUCCUCCCCCAACCUGCCAUGGACCCUCAUUUCUCUUUUUCUUGUUCCAUCAGGAACAGACGGCAUCUGGAUUUUCUGUGGUGAGGCACAUGGGUUUCUGCCAGGGGGAUCCGGCUUGAUAGCCUCCCGGGUGGAGAGCUAAGCGGCCUGCCUGCAUCCUGAGGAGUUACGGAGCAGGUAUGUGUAGCUUGCUUUAUGCCGAGUGCGGCCACUGGCAAAGCAAGUAGGAGUUCUCUAGCGGCAGCAAAUCACUGCCCGAGUGAGACGCAUACCCACAGCGGUGGAACACACGCCCCGGGUGGGGGUGGUGGGGGUCCACCGGAGUUUCAACCGCGCUACUGCGCAUGCGCGGUCAGAAUUCCAGAGACUUGCUGCUAAAUUUGAAAAAAAAAGGUGUCUAGUAAAGCUGUGUAGGUCCUACUGACAGCAUGGAUGCUAGCCAGGAAGGAUCUCCCGUGUCACUAACCCCCCCACACGGGUCACAGGUUUUAGAGGUGAAAUUUUUUUCAGUCUCUAAUCUUUAAAAUCUUUAUAUUCACUUUAUUUGGCUUAAUUUUAAAACAAUCUUUUAUUGUAAAUAUAUUUUUAUUGGAUGUUUUAAGUUUGUCAGUAUCGAACAUGUCAUGAAAAAGCUUCGGUAUGGACACGCAGGUCCCAUGAUGUUUGCAUGCAGGCAAAUUGCAUUGGUACAGAUGUUACUCAUGUAGAUAUACAUUGGAGACAUGCAGGUCUCAUUUAAUCGUAAGAGGCAUAAAUUAGUUGGACUCGCAGGUCCUAUGGCAUAUACAUGGCGUGUGCCCCUAAGCUAUUUUCAGUUUGGGUACUCAGGUCCCCUCUGUAUGAAACGUUUACUGUCAUUUUAGGAUGUGUCGUUUGGUCAGGUUUACGUUGAGUUUUUUAUGCUCAGUCAGUUAAUUGAGGCAGCAUGUGUCUUAACAUGGUGUAUCUUUCGUAGAUAUAUUUUUAUUGGAUGUUUCAAGUUUUUCAGUAUCGAACGUGUCAUGAGAACGCUUCAGUAUGGACACGGCGGUCCCAUUAUGUCUGCAUGCAACCAAUUGCAAUGGAACAGUUGUUGCCCAUGUAUAUAUACAUUGGAGACUCGCAGGUCUCAUUCAGUCGUAAGAAGUAUAAAUUAGUUGGACUCGCAGGUCCUAUGGCAUAUAUUUGGCAUGUGUCUCUAAGCUAUUCUCAUUUUGGGUACUCAGGUCUUAUCUGUAUGAAGCGUUUACUGUCAUUUUAGGGAGCGUCGUUCGGUCAGGUGUAUGUUGAGUUUUGUGUGUUCAGUCAGUUAAUUGAGGCAGCAUGUGUCUUAACAUGGUGUAUCUUGUAUGUGAAGAAACUUUUGUGUGUGUUGUGUCUAUGUGGGUGUGUGUGUCUGCGAAUUCCAUGAAUUGCAAGGCGUUGAGUUUGAGAUUUGUAUUCCGUCGUAUACUUUUAUCUGUGAGAAGUAUUUGUGAGUACGUAGUAAGUAAGAUGGAGGAGUAGGUCUAGUAGCACGGAGUGUUAGUGUGUGAGGCUCACUUGGGGAUCUCCUGUUGUUCAUCUCUAACUUGGGUAGUGAUGCAUGAGUCGGGUUUGUCGGCUUGGGUUUAAUGAGAUGUCUGUAUGAUAUUUUUUUAUUUUUUUGGGGGGGGGUUGGUGAGUUAUUGCCAGUAUCAUAUGUUGCUAUGUCUUGUGUCCUCAUUGGUUGUGUUCAUGGGGUGGUUGUGUGUUGGCGGUGUGUUGAUCGUGUGAGCGUUGUAGUUUUAUUGCGUGUAGUGUGUGUGGUUUGUUAGGGGUAGGGAUGGGUGGAAGCCCCCUUAACUCCCUUCUCCAGCCGCCGCGUCCCCCCCAUCACGUCUUGCCACGUAUAAUAUCCAAGGUUGCCACUUGUCAACGUGUUUCGUGAGGGUGUCUCGUAGGGUCGCGUGCAUUUCUUCUGCGAAUCUGAUCUCUUCUACCCUGUUUAGCCAUUGUUCCAUUGUGGGGGCGUUUGUCGUUUUCCAUAAGGCAGGGAUUAGAGCCUUGGCUGCGUCGAGAAGGUGGUGCAGGAUGGAUCGUUUGUAUUUUGAAAUCGUGUGUCCUAGUACCUCUUUGAUGCGGGACGUAAUCUGGUUCCAAUACGGUUUAAUGUUGGGGCAGUCCCACCAUAUAUGUUUUAGUGUUCCUAUGUCUGCUUCACAUCUCCAACAGGUUGCCGAUGUGUUGGGGAAUAUUCUAUGGAGCAGGUCUGGGGUUCUGUACCAGAAUGUCAGAAGCUUAUAGUUCAUUUCUUGGUAUUUUGAGCUAAUCGUGGAUUUGUGAUGGAGGAUGAGAAUUUUGUCCCAUUGUGCGUCGGUGAACACUGUGCCGGUGAUGUUUUCCCAUUUUUCCUUAUAUCGUCGGGUUGUUUGCUGCUCACCUGUGAUUAGGUAUUGGUAUAGCGUCGACGUUGGUUUCUGAGUCGGUGUUUGUUUGUCGCAGAUGUCCUCAAACCACGUGAGGGUUCUGUGUACCGCUUGUUUGUUCGGUAGGGUGUGGUAGAAAUGCGUCAGCUGGGAGUAUCGGAAUUUGUGCAUGGGAGCUGGCGGGCCUUCCAUUAGGCGUUCCAGGGGGGUCAGUCCUGAGGCGGUUAGUGUUUUGUGGAGUGGUAUGAAGUCUCUUCCCUCUAGAAAAUCCCAGGCCUUGAUCGGUAGUCCUCCCCCCACUGCUUGGUUAUGUGUUAGCGUGGUCAUCGGGCUGGGUAUUGGGGAGAUGGUCGUUGCGUUCCUUAUUGUAGACCAUAAGUGGAGGGUGUGACUCGCUGGCGAAUUUGUGCCGGGGUCGUGUCGCCGUGGCGUUUUCUGAUUCCAUAGGGAUGCAAAAAUAGAUGGGCUGCAGGAUUCUCUGUCUAAGGCCACCCAUUGUUUGCAUCUCGGGUUAGUAUGCCAUUCCAGUAUCCGCUGCAAGGCUGUCGCUUGGUGGUAUUUGCGUAGGUCUGGGAGUGCCAAUCCGCCCUGAUUCCUGGUCUUGCAUAAUAGUUCAUAUCGUAGUCUAGGCCUGCAUCCUCUCCAGACAUAGGUCAGGAAUGCGGUUUUUAUUGUCGCGAAAAAGGUCGUCGGUAGUGUCACUGGGAUUGUAUGAAAUAAAUAUAGUAGUCUGGGUAGGAUAUUCAUUUUGAUGACCGCUAUGCGGCCGAACCAUGAGAUGUGUGGGUAAUUCCAGGUUCGGAGGUCUUGUUGAAUGCGUGUGAGAAGUGGGAGGAAGUUUUUCUGAUAUAUGGCAUUUGGGUCAGACAUCACCCAUAUCCCCAGGUAUUUCAUUUGGGUAUGACACCAACGGAACGGGAAGGUCGAGGCUAUAUCCCUGUGUUCCCCAAGCGGAUCUGUGAUGUUGAGCAGUUCGCAUUUACUCAAGUUAAGUUUGAGGCCCGAGAGGCGUCCGUAUUUUUCGAAUUCUUCCAUUAGGCAUGGUAGGGUGAGUCUUGGACGUGUAAUGAAGAACAACAUGUCAUCCGCGUAUGCGGCUACUUUAUGUGUGGCGGUUGUACAGUUGUAGCCCGUGAUGUUAAUAUUUCGUCGGAUUGCCUCCAAUAGGGGUUCCAAUGUUAAUGCGAACAGUAGCAGGGACAGGGGACACCCCUGCCUCGUGCCAUUGCGAAUCGGGAAGGAUUCCGUCAAGGCUCCGUUAACUUAAAACAAUCUUUUAUUGUCUUUAUUUAUUGCAGAUAUGUCUAGUCCUGUUUCUCCAGAUAUUAUAGAUAAAGACAAAGCGACUGCUCCAAUGCCUAAAUAAAGCUAAUUAUAAAUGUAAACAUCUGAGUUGUAGCGAAUGUGCCACACCAAUACCAGAUGGUACAAAAAGAAAAAUCUGCAAUCAGUGUUCAUCCUUAACGCUGGCAAAGUCCAAGCAACAGGACAUGAAGCCAUUUUUAUCUUGGUUUCAAGACAAUCUGGCCCAAACAUUUGAGUCGUUCAAAGAUUCUGCUAAGUCAAAUGUUACACCACCCGUUAAAGCAACAGCUAAACAGAGGCACAAGCGGAAGAGAUGUUCUUCUAGAUCAGAGUUGUCCUCGGGUGAAUGUUCUAUGUCUUCCUAUUCGGAUAUUUCCAGCGAUACUUCUAUCACGGAAGUAGGUUUUCCACAUGAAAAACUAAGAAAAUGUAUUAAGGAAGUUAAUGUUACUUUUUCUGAAGAGGUAUCAGAAAAGGCCAGCAGAAAAUCCCUACCAAUUCAACAGCAGAUUCUGGAGCUUAUGUACAGGGAGUGGGAAAACCCUGAAAAAAGGACGUUUAUUUCCAGGCAUUUCAAGAGCAUUUUUAAACUAAAGACUUACCAGUUGUUGACGUACAGGUUGCUCAGUUGUCGAAAAAGACUACUAUGCCGAUUGAAUCAGUCUCUGGACUUAAAGACCCUAUGGAUAAAAGGGUGGGAACAUCCAGCAGACGAGUCAAACAAGCAGCAGUUUUCAGGCUAAAGCAGCACUGGCAGGAGCUUCAGUGGGUAGAGCUCAGUAUUAUUGGCUUCAAGGUUUGGAAGAUAGCCUGGCUGAACACCAAGACAAAGAUCUUUCUCAUGUGUUCCACAAUUUAAGAUUAUCCAAUGAAUACCUGCUAGAGGUUAUCACAGAAGUGAUUAAACUUUCUGCUCGUGACAUGGGCCUGAUAUCUGUGGCCCGCAUGGCACUAUGGCUUAAAGCCUGGAUGUCUGACACAGCCUCAAAGUCUGCACUUUGUGAACUUCCUUUGGCGAGGAAAAAAUUAUUUGGUUCUCCUUUAGAAGAAUGAAUCCGACAGAUGUCGGAAACUGAAAAAGCUCUUCCUCAGGACAGGAAGUAUACCUGGAAGCCCAGAUACAAAAACUUCCAGUACAAGCACCAAAGGUGGUAUCAAGAAAAACCCAGGUUUUUUUAGUCAACAAAGGAAAGAUCCAAGGUUUGAAACACAUAAAGACAUUAAAACUGACAGAGCAAAAUUAUUCUGACGCCAUACGAGUGGGCGGACGGAUACAACAGUUUGCUCACAGAUGGAGAGAGACCACUGCAAAUCUGUGGAUUUUGAAUCUGAUUGCAAGAGAAUACAAAAUAAAGUUCUUAGAUGUUUCAAGACCAGGUUUCUUUAUUAUUAUUAUUAUUAUUAUUAUUAUUAUUAUUUAUAUAGCGCCAUCAGAUUCAGUAGCGCUGUAUAAUGGUGGGAUUAACAGACAUGUAAUUGUAACCAGACAACUGGACGUACAGGAACAGAGGAGUUGAGGGCCCUUCUCCAUGAGCUUACAUUCUAGAGGGAGUGGGGUAUAGUGACACAAAAGGUAAAAGUAGGGGUACAAAGUAGGUUGUUAGAAAAGUAUUCACUGAGUGCUUAGUAGGUAAUUUUUGAUAGUUGCAGGAGAGGAGUUAUGGGGGGUGGGGGAUAAAAACCUGGUAACAGUUUAAUUGAUAUGCUUUCUUGAAGAAGAGAGUUUUCAAUAAUUUUUUGAAUGAGUGGAGACUGGGUGAAAGUCUUACGGAGAAGGGAAGUUCCAUGGAAGAGGUGCAGCCCUGGAAAAGUCUUGGAGGCGAGCGUUAGAGGUGGGAGUACAGACAGAAGAGAUACGUAGGUCUUUGGCAGAGCGUAGAGGUCUUGACGGAACAUACUUGUGUAUUAGGGAGGAUAGGUAGGUUAGAGCAGCAUUAUGUAGGGACUUGUAAGCAAGCACCAGAAUUUUAAAUUGAGCCCUAUAUCUAACUGGAAGCCAAUGCAGGGACUCACAGAGCGGGGAGGCAUGGGAGGUGCGAGCGGACAGGAAAAUGAGCCUUGUCGCUGCAUUCAUUAUAGAUUGCAACAUUCUCCUUCUACCGUUCAAAGCUAAAAGAAAAAAACAAGCUUUUCUCCGCUAUGGUUACUCUUUUAAUGAAAGGGGUUAUCAAAAGAGUUCCAAGAGCCCAGCUAUAUCAGGGUGUCUACUUUCGGUUGUUCCUGGUCCCAAAACCAGAUAUGUCCUUUUGCCCCAUUUUAGAUCUGAAAGAGAUAAAGAACUAUAUUCCAUAUCAGCAUUUCAGAAUUGAAACCAUCGCGUCAGUCACUCAUAUCCUUCAAAAAAGAGAUUUUAUGGCAACAUUGGAUUUUAGAGAUGCCUACCUACAUGUACCUAUGGACGUAGGCUCAAGAAAGUACCUGCGGUUUGCCAUAAGAAAGGGUUUCAAGGUUCAUCACUUUCAAUUCAAAGCCCUUCCACUGGCGCUUGCCUCGGCAUCCAGGAUAUUUACAAAGGUUCUAAAGCCUAUCACAGCGUUCUUCAGGGAACAAGGAAUCAUAGUUAUUCCAUACUUGGACGACUGGUUCAUUACGGGAAAGUCAAGAGACGCUCUAGAUACAGCUGUAGCUUACACCAUCAAAAUCCUAGAAGAACAUGGUUGGGUAAUAAACCUGGAAAAUUCUAAUCUGCAUCCUACAUCCACCUAUCCACCUUACUGCGGCAAAAAGAAGGAUAAAGAAGCUUAGAAAAGAACUUCAGAGAGAACCAAAAUGCUUUGUUAGAAAAGCUAUGCAGGUGUUGUGACACCUCACUUCCACUAUCACAGCAGUAAAAUGGGCCAGAGCACAAUCAAGACCAUUACAAUGGGAAAUUACAAAUUGGUCAAAGAAAGAAGAUACCUUGAUAAAUAUUUCAGAUCCUGUAAAAAGGCAACUGAAUUGGUGGGGGAAAAAAAAAAACAGAUUCAUGUCAGAAGGUUUAUCAUUUCGACCAAAAGAAUGGGUCAUAAUCACCACAGACGCUUAGAAUACAGGUUGGGAAGCACACAUGCAGUGUAAUUUCAGGCAAGGAACAUGGUCUGCAGAAAAAGUGAAUCCUCAUAUUACAAGGAGUUGAUAACCGUUUUGUAUGCUCUUCAUCAGUUCAGGCCUCUCAUUGUGGCGAAAGCGAUGAAAAUACAGUCAGACAACUAAACUACAGUGGCUUACCUGAACAAACAAGGGGGUACAAGAAUAAGAAAGUUGCACUCCCUUUGCACAAAAAUUAUGUCCUGGGCUCAGUCAUCUAGAAGACCUAUCUGCUACUCCUAUAAGAGGGAUAGACAACAUUAUUGCAGAUGACCUGAGCAGAUCCAGAUUGUCCCAGAAUGAUUGGUCUCUAAAUCCGGUCAUUUUUUUUCAGCUGGUGAAAAUAUGUGGUCUACCUGUCAUAGAUCUUAAGGCGAGAAGGUCGAACGCAAAGGUGCAAGCAUUUGCCUCCCUCUUCAAGGCAGACAUGCCUCUGGUUCUGGAUGGGCUGUCAAUCAAGUGGCCCUUCAGCAUUGCAUACAUAUUUCCCCCGGUGAGCCUAAUUCCAAGAGUUUUUUUCAAAAGGUGAAGACAGAAAAGGCAAUGGUACUGGUUCUCGGUUUUGAUGACAAUGGUUUUAAAGUACUGGGAACUUCCAGUUUCAACAGAGCUCCUGAAGAACGAAAGGAUUCCAGUAGAGAUAUUGAAGAUGGUCAAAUUGACGGCUUGGCUGCUGCACGGCUAAUCCUACAUAAGGGAGAUUCAAGAUACUGCUGAAUUCUACCAGACGAUCUGCAUCUAUCUACUUGAAGAUUUGGACACAAUUCCUUCAUAGGUGCAUCUAUCAUCAUUGCCUGAGAAAUUCUCCUUCUUCUGAUACAAUCCUGCAUUUUCUACAAGACUGCCUUCAAGCGGGUCUUCGUUUGUUUACCCUUAAAGUUCAAGUUUCCGUCCUGAGACACUUUUUAGUAAGGAACUUGGCUUCAAAUUUAGACCUCCAGGAAAAGAGGUUUUCCCUCUUGGUAUUGAAGGCUCUUUGUACUCAGCCUUUUGAUCCUUUGGAGGAAAGUUCCUUAAAGCUCAGCGUUGGUGGCUAUAACUGCUGCUAAGAGAAUAGGUGAAAUUCAGGCUUUUUCAUCUCCUACUGAAUUUACAAAGAUUCUUCCAGACAAGGUAGUUCUGUAUCCAAAACCGCAGUUUCUACCAAAAGUCAUCUAUUCCAGGGCUAUUAAUCAACAAAUCUCCCUGUCUACCUUUAGUAAUCCGUCUGUCUCCAAUGUGGAUGAAAACUGGCACAAGUUGGAUGUCGGAAGAUCUCUAAAAAUAUACUUUGACUGCUCUUCUGCAUACAGGAAGACGGACCAUCUUUUUGUCAAUUUCUUUGGAAAAUAUAAAGUCAUGCUGCCUCUAAGUCUACUCUGGCUAGAUGGGUCAUGGACACUAUUACAUUGGCUCAAUCUUCCUUAUAGCUGCAUUUACCAACCUCCUUGAAAGCUCAUUCCACAUGAGCCAUGGCUACUUCAUGGGCCGUAAAAGCGCAUUCUUCACCUGAAGUUAUCUGCAUAGCUGCUACAUGAUCUUCGUUUAACACCUUUGUCAAAUGUUACAGACUAGACGUAUACUCUGCAUCUGACACUGCUUUCGGGCAUAAGGUGUUACAUGCUGUGGUGGUUGCAUAGUUCCCGCCCAUAGCUCUGGAAUCUCGAUAUAUCCCUAUUGUACUGCCACCAUAUAUCAGGAAAAACUGCAAUUUUACUCACCGUAAAUUCUUUUUUCCUUAACAUGGUAGCAGCACUCCCUCCCCUCCCUCACCCUAUUAAUAAAUUUGAUAUUUUUGUAGUGUUAAGUCUCUGAUGUUUUAUUGGGAUGUACUGAGGGUCCUUGGCAGGUUGGUGUCUUAUAUCUGUUGGGGGAGGAACUUUUUAUGUUAAUUUUAAUUGUAGUUGCUUGUCCCAGGGAAGAGUACAUCCCUAUUGUACUGCCACCAUAUUAAGGAAAAAGGAAUUUACGGUGAGUAAAAUUGCAGUUUCCCCCCCUUUUUUUUUUGUUAUGUAUCAAAACCUAUAAUACAAGGAACAUUAACAUAUAGUACAUUAUCACUCCAAUAUGGGUCUGUUGUAUGUGUUUUUUGAUUUACAGUAUAUACUCAAGUAUAAGUCUAGUUUUUCAGCACAUUUUUUGUGCUUAAAAACCCCCACUCGACUUAUACUUGAGUCACUGUCUGUAUUAUGGCAACUUAGAGAGCCAUGGCAACGAUCCGCGCGGCAACCAGACUGUGAGACUUACAGUGAAGCUGACCGGAACGGAGGAGAAGGGAGCUGACAGGAGCUGCAGGAAAGGUAAGUAAAUGCUUCCUGCCGGCCCCCCCACUUCACAGCCCAUGCCACUGGACCACCAGGGAUUAAGAUAGCCCCCCUCCCUGACCGGUUAACAAGCAGGGGAGGGGGGGACAAAAAAAAUGUAAAUAAUAAAAAAAUAAUAAUAUUAAAAAAAUAAUAAAAAAUUAAAAUAAUAAAAAUGCCCUCCCCCCACCCAGUUCACACACACUACACAAACACACUCUGCAUUAUAUACACAGAGUGUGUGUGUAUAUAAUGCAGAGUGUGUGUUUGUAUGAGUGUGUGUGUGUGUGUGUGUGUGUGUAUAUAAUGCAGAGUGUGUGUUUGUUUGAGUGUGUGUGUGUAUAUAAUUAUAAAAAUCACAUAAUUUCAUAGCCCCAAGUUUUACCCUCGACUUAUCCACGAGGCAUAGCAUAUUUCACAAUUGUUGGUCACAAAACUGCACUCGACUUAUACAUGAGAUCGACUUAUACACGAGUAUAUACGGUAGUUUAAUUUUUUUUUAAUUCUUUAUUUUUGGUUUGACAAAGUAGAUGGUAAUCAUGAAAGCAGUUACAUUUAUGUACAUGACAGCGCAGUCAUACAUUAGCAUAUAUAAUGCAAGUGACAGUUGUCAGUUUAGGCAUAUCAUAUACAUCAAAUUUUCUGUAGGUGACUCCGUCUGAAUUUUUGGUAUGGGUGGCAAGCAGUGUUAACUAUGUACAAUAGCUUUGCUGUGAAGGGUUAGGCUUAUAGAGUGGAGUGUCGGUCUCGCCGCUUCCUGGGGUAUGCGACUGCGCCCUCCCUCCCUUCUACGCACCACAAAACACUGAUGUGCUUUUAUCUGCCUUUCCCCUUCUGCCUACUUACAGGUCUGGGGUGCCUGCCUACAAGAGAGAGAUAGAAAGGAAAGUAAAGAGUUGGAGACAAGUACCUGCGUGUUUAGCUAUAUCGGUUUGACAUGGUUACCGAGUGAGCUACCGACGGGGGUAGUCAGUUCCCUUAAGUUGUGUUUUGUGUGCUGGGCCCGGCCCCACCCUCGUCUAGCAGUGGUGCCUCUUCCGCCUGUCCGAGUGUUGAUGUGGUGGUUGGCGUUUGGUGGGCCCCCGCCCCGCCAGUUGAAAGUUGCGUGGAUGCUGCCCCGCGCCCCAAGUUGUUGUGCUAAGUAUCGUAUUGCUCCCAUAGGUCCCAGACUUUUUGGAAUUUAGUCAUGGUGUUUCGCACCUGAGAGGUCAAUUUGUCCAUUAUGUAAUUGUCUCGCAUUUUUGUCUUAACCAGGGAUAUAUGUGGGAGAUCUGGACAUGACCACUUUUGUGCUAGGGACCUUCGGGCCGCUAAAUAGAGCAUGUUAAGAAGUCUUUGCUCGUGUCUAGGGAGAUCCUUUGUGGGUCUUGAGAGCAGACAUGCCCAUGGGUCUAAUCCCAGUCGCCUUUGCAGGAUUUGGGAGCUAAGCUCCACAAUGUUACUCCAGUAGUCUGUGACCUUCGGGCAGCCCCACCACAUAUGUAUAUACGUGCCCCGCCCCCCGCACCCGCGCCAGCAGUCGUCCGUGGGACUUAGCCCCAUAUGUUUCUGUUUCACGGGGGUCAGGUACCAUCGAAAUAGUGUUUUAUACGAUUGCUCUUGGAGCGUCACACAUAUUGUGGUUUUGCUACAUGCUUCCCAUAUGUCCUGCCACUCCGUUCCCUCUAAUACCUCCCCCAGGUCGGCUUCCCACUGGUCGGUGUAUCGCAGCGUGCCCUCCUCGUUCGAGUUCCCAUUGAGGUGGUUGUAUAGUAGCGUAAUGAGUUUAGUUUGUGUUGUCUCAUUGUAACAUAGUUUUUCGAAGAAGGUCAGUGGUGUCAGAGCCGCCUUCCGUAUGUCAGGGUUUUGUGCAAAGUCACGUAUCUGCAUGUACCUAAAGUAGUCUCUUGUUCGUAAGUUGGCUUUGGUGGCUAGGUGUUCGUAGGUGACUACAUUUUGGUCCACAUUUUGGUAGUUUAAUUUUUAAUUUAUUUUUUUACAUACAAUUAAAAUACUUCUAUUAAUUAUUUUGUUUGUCGUGUGUGUCUUCUCUAAGCUACUCCUUUUUCAUUUAUGCUCAAGUAGCUGUUUUAAUAAUAAUUUAAAAUCAUAGGUUUAUAGGUUUUACCUUCUGGUUGAACCUUUUGAGUAUUUGGCUUUUCAUGCUGGGGACCGCAAUCAACAGUCAAGUUAUAUUAUCUAUUUCUACUGCUGUUAUGUUUACCUACCUAUUUAUGUGUACUUCCCCCAUAAGGGUAUGAAGGGUGAGUUUUACUUGCCUUUCUUCCAUUGCUGUGGUAGUCUUGCCACAGCCACACUACCUACUGGCAGAGUUCGUCAAGAUUGAUGAUCUCAUCGGGUCCAAUGAUUGGCUGAGAAAGGGAAGCACUGGGAGGCUAGUUCACAUGUGCAGCAAAUCAUUGCACCAGUCAAAUGCUGUCUAGGAGUCUGACUCUGUUCUCACAGGGGAAGCACCUCUAGUGGUGCCAGAUGCACUUUAGUAGGAGGUGUACAAACCAUUAAAAAAAUGUUCCUUUCUUCUGGUACUCAUUAUUGCGUUGUUGGAAACCUAUACACUUCCAAUUCACCAUUUUCUUCUCCAAAAUUAUCAUAUGAUAUUCAACAUUCCUACUGUUGUUUGUGUAUAUGCUUUUGCUCUGUUCUUUUGUUUGUAUGAUGAUUGAUAUAUUUGUUCACAUUCAUAAUAAAAUUGAAAUUUUCAAACCAGAUGAAUACCCUCAAAUGAAUAGAUUAGAUUUUUCACUUUCAUUUCUUUUGCUUCUUGGCUUUUCUAUCUGUUGCUUCAGUUGUUGUCAUUUGAUAAAUUAACAACUUGGUCAGAUAAAAACUGCUUCCCCCUUACUCAAAAAUUGUAUGUUUUAACCCGAAAUCAAGUGGAAGUUCUUUCUGACUAAAGCCAGUUGCUUCUCUGCUGGUGAGACACUCAUUUUUACAUUGUUCAUGUGAUACGAUCAGGACCAAUGUAAAAAGCAGGCAUAUUGACUGCUCUAUCUGGGAAAGCAGAAUGUAACUCAAAACUUUAGCAUUGGAUGCCAGGUUGUGCCAGCAUGGCUAUGAAUUUAUUGGACAUUUAAAUAUAAAGGGUUUAUGUUGUCAGCUAAGUUCUCACCAUGAUAAAAUAAGUAUUUGAUUUGAAGUUAGUAGUAGCUGGAAACCCUCAGCCAAUUGCUAGUCUUCAAUUUAUUACUACAUUGCAAUAUUCAUCAGAAUUUAUUUCUUAAAAAAAAAAAAAAAAUCCCCCAUGCCUCGGAAUAUAAUUAAGCUUGCAAUCAUUGACACGACAGUAAUAGCAAGGUAUUCAAGAAACACGAAAAAACACAGUGAAACAAUUGGGUGUCAUGGGAGAUAACUGCACAAUUUUAUAUUGUAGAAUAAGCAAGCUAAAUAUACAUGACUAAACUCUAGGCAGCAGCUAACUAUGAGGAAAUUAGGUAUAUUCAGUCAUAUUACAGAGUACAAGUAGGACUGUUUAAGUGACGUCUGAACUGGGACUAUUUAGUUGGAAGAAGCAUCGGGGGACAGCUGCAAAUUGUGUCCAGUUGUGUGGUGAGCAGAGCAGCACAGGAGAGCGAAUUUUACAAGUCAGUCAAUGUCCUGACUAGGCAGUAGUCUCAGAUGAGCGUACUGCCCUUCCACAUGAGUGCACAGUGGUACUGAGGUGGAGCACCCUUUCAGUCCCAGGCUUGGUGAUGAGCCAGCACCUCCUUGCUACGAACUCCGUGUUUCUCUGAAGAGAAGUUCAUCCCAUCAGAAAAAAUGCAAAGGCCUCAUGUUUGGAUGUAUGUCAUUGCUCACGUCUCACAGUCCUCAACUUGUGUGGUCGAUGCAUUGGAGUCGAACACCGAGUGGCUCUCAGCCUAGGAAGGCCAUAGAUAUGGGUUAUGUCGGCAUUUGGUGGUCAUUUGCCCGUGAGGUGCUUCCCAGACCUCUCCCUGCGAUGCCCCAUGCUCCCCCUUCCUUGGUAAUUUUUCUGACUGCAGUAACCUUGUGCGUUCCAUCAACCAAAAAUGGUCAGAAACUUACUCUAAGUUAGCCAGAGUUUGGCAUUAUUGGCUUGUCAGGUCAGCUUGAUGCUGCAUCCUGCCUUGAGUUGUUUUAAGCAAGUGGUGAACCUCUGUGAUUUAAAAGAUCGUAGAGGCACAGUCCAGCGGGGAGCGAGAGAACCCCCACCGGACCAUGGAGAGAUGAGGACAGGACCCAAGUCGCUGUCGCGUCUGAUUAAAUCCCGUCAAGGAAGUCGGCCGCCACUUCCGGUUGGGUCUUGCUAGGCCAGAAUUGCAAAGAGUCUAAUCUCUGCAAGGCACAAGAAUGCACCAGUAGGUAUCUGAUGGCUUUCUUGUCGAUUAUUCAGCGGUGAGCUCACUUUUUCAAUGUUUUAGGGCAAGUUAUGUGAGGUGCUCAGUAUGGCUGUCAAGACUUGCCCCCCAGGAUGCCAUGAUUUAUGUUAUUAUGGUUUAUAAUUGCUGAAAGAAAUAAUUUAAAGAGUAACCACAGUGCAUGUGCCUUUUAGCCUUUAUACCAUUUACUAUUUCAAAAACUAGUCUAGGAGGGAUUGACAAGCUGUGUCUUCCCUCACUGCUCUUGAUGAGAGAGUUGCACAUUUUUGCCACAAACCUUAUAAUUUCUUCCAUUAGCUGGAUUUAAAAAAAAACCAAACAAACAAAAAGAAACAAUUGACCUUGUCCGUUUCCCAGGUUUGCCAAUGCAGUUUCAACACAAAAAAAACACUUCUCUCUAGCAUUUUCUUAUAUAUUUAUAAAUGCAAUUACAUCUAGGUUUCCCAUAAUUUGGGGAGUGUCCACACAUCUGGAACAGUAUUGUAAUGAUUACUUCAUACCUGGAAGAUCUUGAUUUGCAGGCAUCUUGUUUACUUUUCAGUUGUCCCAAAUGCAUUAAUUUGGAACACUAGUAACUAAGUACAGUUUCUUGUCCAUAUGCUUUUUGCUUCGACUUGGCCAUGUUGCUAGGAGACAGAGUAUUGGCUUAUAAUACUUGUCCUAUUUUACAUACAGUGCUCAAAAUAUUAAGGUGUCGGGUCGAUCUUUGUGCAGAUUUGAAACUUGAUCUGGACCUGUUUUUGUGCCUGUUAAUGAAAGUCAAAUUUUUUCUUCUUCUUCGGUAUCCAACUUUAAUUUUUGGAAGCAGCUUUUUAAGAACUACACAAGUUUCACAUGACUGUUUUGCUGAUGUAUUCAAAUGGGAUUCAAAUGAGAAACAAAGUUUGUGUGUGUAUGUUUAACACCGAAACCAUUUCGAUCAGCUGUGACCAUAAGGUAGACACCUGGAACUAAAAUUAAAGCUUUGAAGUCUUCAUACCUUCCCUGAUUACAUUACUCAAAAGUGUGUUUUUCUUUUUAUAAUUCCCUUUGAAUCUCUUGGUACCCUUACCCAUUUGCAGUGUGCUUCAUACCUUAUUGUUUAUACUGUUAAUAGUGAGUGUAUUUAUAUAUAAAAACAGCCACACUUUUUAAUUAUAGUAGCCCCACCAUAGUGCCUCCCCCCCAGCUCAACUAUGACCUCGGAGGCCAAGAUUUCUUUGCAGCCCUAUCUUCCUCCUAUCUUCUAAAGUCGCUUCCCCUCAGUAGGGGAACAGAUUUCAGGUAGCGAGAGGAAUGAGGGGAAGACAUGGGCAACAUGGAGUCAAGGCUGCGCCGCCGUUAGCUGUCUGGCGUCAGGCACCAAAUUUGUACUGAAUUCACAUUACCCAACCAAAACUUUUGUAGCAUGCACACAGUAGACAAAUCUUUUAGAAGACUGAAUAUGCAUUUGUCAAAGGAUUAUUGCAAAAAACUGACAUUUAGCAAAAAAUCUGAUUUAUAAAAGAGUAUUUUAUUUUUCUCCUUAAAAAUGAAUAGACUUUUGCUGGUUUCUGUAUACUUAAAGGAUCUAUAUAGGGUCAGGAACACAAACAUGUAUUCCUGACCCUAUAGUGUUAAAACCACCAUCUAGCCCCCCUGGGCCCCUCAUGCCUCCAUAAAUAUAGUAAGAAUCUUACUGUAUUCAAGCUUGAAGCUGGAACUCUGCAUGCUGUUAGACUCAGAAAAACAAGCAGUGUGCUGACAUCAUCAGAAGUGGUAGCCUGAUCCAAUCACAGCGCUUCCUCAUAGGAUUGGCUGAGACUGACAAUGAGGCAGAUCGGGGCAGAGCCAGCAUGAUUCAAACACAGCCCUGGCCAAUCAACAUCUCCUCAUAGAGAUUAAUUGAAUCAAUAAAUCUAAAUGAGGAAAGUUCAGUGUCUGCAUGCAGAGGGAGGAGAUACUGAAUGUUUGGAUGCAUUUUAGGCAGCCAUGACCCAGGAAGGAUCUCUAACAGCCAUUUAAGGAGUGGCCAGUGAAGUUAUCACUAGGCUGUAAUGUAAACACUGAUUUUUCUCUGAAAGGGCAGUGUUUACAGCAAAAAGCCUGUAGGUAAUGAUUCUACUCACCAGAACAAAUUCAAUAAGCUGUAGUUGUUCUGGUGGCUAUAGUGUCCAUUUAACUUAAUUGAUAGUUAUUUUCCCCCUCAGGGAAAUCCUGCUCUUCCAUGUAUGUUUACUUUAUAUCCUGUUUUCCUAUUUUACUACCUGCAUCAUUGAGAGCUGUAUUAUUUGUUCUUACAUUACAGUUUACAAUUACAAUAUUUUUUAUCAUUCAUUUGAAUCUUUAAUGGGACAGUCUGGUCACCAUAACAACUUCAUCUAAAUGACAUUGUUAUGGUGUUAGGAGGGCCCCGGGCACACUCUUAGUUUAAGAGGUUAAACCAUUAUCGACUGCCACUUGAGGUGUUACUAGGCAGGAAAAAAUCUGGAUCAACAGGAUAUAGACACCAGAACCACUACGUUAAGCUGUAGUUGUUCGGGUAACUAUAGUGUCCCUUUAACUAAAACAGAGCAUCAUGUGAGAUAAAGGUUGACACAAGUUGUUGAUAAUUUUCAGUGAUAUACUUUCCAGAGAAGUGACCUUCCUUCCCUGGGUUAGGCCCUUGUGUUUGUUUCCAUGUGUUUUUGUAAAUCUCGUUUUGCACUGCUUGGAAAUCUCACCUAACCCAAUACCGGUAAUUAUUUAAUAACGUUUGGUUUUGAAUGCUAUGCUACUAUCAAUUAAAACACUUGAGUUCUAGUGGAUAAAACAGAUGUAGACAUGCCUAGUGGAAUGGAAGUAAAAUGGUUUAUUAUGCCAUGAGAUUUUUAUGUUGUGAUUACAGUGUUCUGAGAAUGGUAUGUAAUUGUGCUUUGUUUUAUUUAUUUAUUUUCCUCUAGGACCUUAGUUUGCCUAACGGUACUCCAGCAGAUACUUCCAGCCCAGCCUCAUCAUCCUCCCUUCUCAACAGACUGCAGCUGGAUGAUGACUUGGAUGGUGAGACCAGGGACCUCUUUGUUACUGUUGAUGAUCCAAAGAAACAUGUGUGCACUAUGGAAACCUAUAUUACCUACAGAGUAAUGACCAAGGUUAGUCAUUUGUGUUUUGUAUGUUCCCAGUACAGCACGGUGCAUUUUUAAGGUACCAUUGUUUCAUAUUCUAUACCUAUUAUGGAUACAGUGUGUGUAUGUGCACUUGUAUUCAACAUGCUCAUUCUGCAUUAAAGGGACAAACCAAUAACUCUACAAAAAUUCUCACUUGAAGGACACUUUAAGCAUCAUAACUACUUCAAUGCGCUGUAAUGGUUAUUGUUCCACAAGUGUCCUGGUGCCUCCUCCCCCUAUGUAAGUGGUCAAACCACCUCCACUACAGCUAUCGGAGAGCACAGACCGCUGUGUUUGAAGUUAAUCAUUUGCUUGAAUAAAUAAACCUGAUCACCCCAAAAAUAUAUUUUGCCUAGAAAAAGUGUUUCUUCAUUUCUCUAACAGCAUUUUGUCAUUAACCAGUUUCAACACAGCACUUCCAUUUUAAAGGUACAAUCCAAAGAUUCAGAGAACAGAUUUAUACCACAUUGUAUAUAACUUAUGCCACCAAUAUGAACAAAAUCCAAAAAGAGGGGGUGCCAUUACCCGUAUUUAAUAUUAUUAAUAAUUGUAUUUAAUUUCAUUCCAUAAUCUUAAAACAAUAUACACAUAUGAAAUAAAUUAAUUCACACUUCCUAAUAAGAGUAAUUGCUGGUAUAUCAUAAAUUGCAUGCCUGACCUGGACAAAAAUAUAAAAGGCAUAGUUCACAAUCAAAUUAAUGGUUUCCUUAUUUUUUGAAUGUACGAUGUUGCACAUAAAUAUUCCAGCCAGCUGUGCACCAAAUUAAUUGAAGUGCCACAAUACUUAAUAAUGUAGACCUCUACAUUGGACACCGGCUAAUCCACAGCCAGAUCGAUGGUUUACUGCAAUUUAAAUAUUUAGGCCAGCAGUGCAUCAGAAUGAUUUAAGUACCACAGUGCUUUAUAGUGUCCCUGUUAAACGAAGUGGAAACUGCUAAAGUUAAAGAUAUUUGCAUAGUGGCACUAAAGUGCUUUAUUAUAAUUGUACGGUGUCCCAGCCGCAAUAAGCAGCUCCACUCUUGGGGAAAAUCCAGUGUUAGCAAGUCGAAUAUUGCACUCACAGUCCCGACUGUCUUAUAAAUGGAAUAAGGUAAUUGCACUAUGAUAUCCAGGCUCUAAGAAGGAAUUUCACUCAAUAAUAAAUCUUAAACAACCAAGUAAUUAUUGCAUCUGGUAGAGCUUCAGCCGACCAUUUAGUAAACGAACCGAUUUGAUUACUCCCCAUGGUCCAACUAGAAUUCAAUAAAUACUUUUCCUGAUAGGUAAAAAAAAAUGCAGCCGCUAUUUACACUGUACCAAUGAUUGCACACAGAAGUUCCGGCCAAACCUACAUUCACUGGCAUAAAGUGCAUAUAUUUCCAGGUCGACAAAGUGCAGCAGCGAAAUUUUACAGAAUUUGUUUAAUACGAACCAGCAUAUUCCUCCGUGAGCCAACCAGUCUUGUAUGGGUUAAUACCAUGUGAAGGCAAGUAAUCUUCUCAAGAGACUGAGAAUCUCCUGAGAACAUAAUUCAUCACUCCUUACCCUUCACCCUGCUGUCCACGCUCACUGCCAUAUACCCCGUAAUAUUGAGAUCCCAUGUUACCUCACUUUUAUUUCUUUCUUUUCUAAACCUUAUUUUGAUGUGUCUUGCAGUGCACUGUGGUACAUUUUACUACCAAGUAGGGCUACGGUUGUCAAUAUCUGACUACUGGCUGUUGUUAAUAACCAAUGCUUAUGACAAAUCUAAUUUGAAUUUGAAAUUAGCAUGCUCAUAUUAUCAGCUUGGGAGGGGGGCGGUUAGCGGCUGCAGUGACCUGUUCAAGCAGGUGCACACACAGUGUGCUGAACACAAUUCUUUUAUUUUUAUUUUGGAUACAAAGGUAAAAAACAGCUCUGCCUUUUUAAUCGUAAUUUUUCUCACGUCGCCAUACACAAAUACAUUUACACUUUAUAAAGCGAUACAAUGGAAUAAGAUUAUGGAGGUGCUCUGAAAGACUGCUGACAGGCUUUUAAAUUCAGAAAUACCGUCGGUAGAUCUAAAAGUUGUCAUGAAGUAUCUAAUAGCCAGUGAUGUGCAGAGAUAGAAUGUCACACUUCAAUGCAAAGCCUAUACAUGGAAUAACAAGUACAACUUCUAAAAUAUCGCUCUAGUAUUAAAAAUAAGUAUAAAAGGAACAUAGUAACAUAUUUUAUAUUUGUUUAAAAAAAAAAAAAAAAAAAAGUUAAACUGUUAAACCGUUCUUUGAGAUCAUCAGGUUAAACCCAGUGCUUCUCAUUGUGGAACUGUGCAGCAUUUGUUGCAAUCACUGAGCUCCGUCAGUCCCAUGCUUCUAAUAGAGUGUCAUGCAGUGCGUGAUAACGACACAUUUGGAGACCUAGAUCUUAAAGUACCACUCCACCUUUAAAAUAUAUAUUAAUUCUUUUUUAAACCCACUAUUUUGUAUUUUUCCUAUGAACACACGCAUGCAUGCAUUUUUCAUGCAUGUAUUCAUUGGAAGGUAUACCUUCAAAGAGCUUGCUCAAGCUGCAAUUCCUUUGACUGCAGCCUUUCAAAGCCCUCCCAUAUUUCGCCGUAUGAGAUUUUCAGUCUCUAUACACAGAAAUAACCUCAAUGAGAAAGAAGCCUCUGAAGGUAUCCUCCGUGCACGGGCAUCUACAUCGCUGCUCUUAUCCGAGGUCUGAAAAGAAGGUAUGUGGGAUGGAAGCAGGCGCGCUGAAGUAGAGCAUGUCUGCCACUUUCGUAAGCUCAGGGGAGCAGGAAGAAACCUUCCUGGCCAUUUGACAGUCAGGGGAUUAUUCAUUAUUUAUGAAUAAAAGUGAUUUGAUAAAAUAAUUUCUCAUAAAAUGCCUUUUAAACUGGGUACUCUACACCCAUAAAGCAUGUGUGCAGUGGUCUAUUGGAGAGAAAGUACCUCUAGUGGAAACAUUGUUGUACUACAUUAAAAUGUGCAUUAAAUGUGUGUUUUUGAAAUGUACCCUGUAUGGAAAUUGUGUAAAAUAACAAUAAGAACAAGUGUACUCCCACUUACACUUAUAAUCAACACACUCAUUUUUACAUAGAAGGGGUGAUUUGCAUAAUGGUAGGCUUUGUGAGGUGUAGUUUUCCCUGAAUCUCAGAUUACAAAUUACGCGGUACUGAUUCCAGUUCCUGUGUGAUCUUACUUUCCCUGGUAGUCUAAUGGCAUUCCAGGACAGAGGUGCAUACCUCCCAACUGUCCUAGAUUCAGCAGGACAGUCCCAAAUUAGGACUACUGUCGCACUUAUGGCUAUGCCAGAGAAAUGUCCAAAAUAAGUACAGUACAGCACAAAAACUGGGAAAAAGGAAUUUUCCAAAGUGAUGAGGGGCCUGAAACAUAUUUUAGUAUGCAUAAGCGUAGGGUUCAUGCUAUUUCUUUGGCAAGCACCCUAACUAUGGCCUUGAGCCAAUUCUUUUGGAUAAGCUUUUCAAAUGAUCAGAAUCUGUUUAAAAAAAAAAAAAAGACUUUUCAAAUAAAUUAACUACAGAAGUCACCUUUAAAGUCAGUAGGAAUUUUUGUAGAUAAAUCAUUUGAAACACUUUUCUAAUAUAGUGAUUAUUUAAAAAGUUUAUCCAGAAGAAAUAUAUCAAGGUCUGUAUAUCUCAUCGAUUUGCUGCUAUUAUAUCUAAAAACAAGGUUAUCUCACUGCAAUAUCAGCUGAACCAAGGAACUAGUUAGUGAUUUUAAUCUUUUUUUUUUUUUUCUUUCUGCCAACUUUUAAUAUUAUGUCAAAGGUUAUACAAGUAUUUAAACAAAAAUCAUUUUAUCAAAGAAAAAAUUUAAAAAAUCUGAAGAAAAAUAAGUAACUGGAUCCUCAAGUAGAAUUAAUUCCUAGGGUGCUUCAGAGUUUACAUACGUAGAAAUUUAAAUAAACACUGUUUGAAAAUUGCCUUUUAUAAAUUGAAAUGCACUUGGUUGAGUGCAUUCCUAAACUGUGCAAAUAUUUUACUGAUCAAUAAAAUGUUAAGUGGCAAUCUAAAACAUAGUUGUGCUACACUCAUUGAGUGCUACAAAACAGUAGGAUUUUUGGUUCAUGGAAAGACACAUGGCAAACCUAAAGAAGCACUUAUGCACUUUACUAAUCUCUGGUCAAAACUAGUCUAUCAUGUGAUUUCCAGUUUUAGAGAACAUGUCUUCAAGAAGAUCAUUUUUAGAUAAUUUAUAAAAAGGAUGUUAGACAUGUGACACUUUUUAAAAUUUUGUUUUAUUUUACUUUAUUAGAGUUGUGAAGCUGGCUUCAACAAUUUGUUUUAAAUUGGUCAAGGUGGGUGUUCCAAGUUUUCAGUAUCCAAAGUUUGGAGAUCUCUAUUGGUUUAAAAAACAAAACAAAAAAAACAUAAUUAGUAAAAAGGAGCCAAUGUGUUUGUGGCGCAUUUUAAAGGAGCACUUAAGUCACCCUGACCACUUCAUCACAAGAAAGAAACAGGAAUAAAGUCACUCAGACCCCAGAGGGUGAGUGAAAGCUGGAAAGUAAAUUGGGAUCUUGUUUAAAUAAAUGUUAAGCUUAACUGGGCCAGCACCAAAUGAACAUAUAUAAACACGUGUGUCUCAAAGCUUGAAAUAAAAUAAAGUCAAACUAGCCUAAUAAGGCUUCUCCACUAACUCGUAAUAGAAGUAUAGGGUCAUUCAGUGAAUGGCUUAAACUAAUGGUAGCUUUAUUUAGACUGCUUGUUUUAGCACAGGAUCUGCCCUAUUCCUAAUCUAGUAUAACUUGACGAUACCAGAGUAGGAGUAAAUACCCUAUUUGUUUGGAGGUGUCCAAGACAUAUACACAAUAUCUAAGGAGUGAUGUUAAGUUAGAAAGUAUUGUAGGACAGUAAAAUAGAAAGCCUCUUUCCUUGGUAAGCUAGCUAGAUAGUUAGUGGAGACAGAAUAGAAAGAGGGGGGAAAAAAAAAUCUGUGAAAUCGCUGCAUGUCUAUAUUAAGAUAGACAUCCCAAGAGCAUAAGUGGUAAGUUCCCAACAACCACUCAGAACAUAACGUUCAGUCUUGGUUCAGUUGUCUUAUAAUUUUAACCUUGUAAACGACAACAUUGAUUUUGUUUAUUUGUUUUAGAAACUGCAAUGUUUACAUUGCAGGGAUAAAUCCACUUCUAGUUGCUAUCUUCCUGACAGCCACUAGAGGCGCUUCUGCUGGGCUGACUGAGUAAAACUUGGUCAUGUGACGCAAAAAUAAUAGGAUUCAGUGAUUCGAUACAUGUGUGGUGCCCAUUGUGCAUAUGCAUCAGUUCGUAGCACUGGAUUAGACCAUUGCCAAAAGAGGCCAUCCCUCCUCUCCUCGAUGAUACUGUGGGAGCCAGAGAGGUGAGAAGUGUCCAGGAACGCUGGAAAAAGAUUAGUGCAACUUUUAUUUUUGUUGCAAACGGGAGAGGGGAGGGACCUAUAUAUAACUACGUACAGGGGUACUGUAGUGUUAGAAAUACAGGUCUAUGUUCCUAAUGCUAUAGUUUAAAUCUAAGGUAACCAGAGGUGUGCCAAUAUGCCAUGGCAUUCUGGUUGAAAACCACUGAUCUAAAUUGUUCCUUUAAUCCACUCUUGAUUUCAGUUUGUUUUAUGUUGUUUAUUGUUACUAUUUAGACAGAAUAAAUAGUCCUGCAGAAUGUUUUUAUUUUAUUUUUUAUAUGUCAUUAUUAUCAUAAUUUUAUGUACUUCACUGAAGGUUCUGUACUUUACAUAUUAAAGGUUAAUAAUUAUAAAGAGGUUGUAUUACAAGAGAACAAUUUUUUUUAAAUUUUUUUUCCCUGCAGAAUAUGCAAUAACAUUUUAUACUGGGUUAAAAGCCAGCCAAAAUACUUAAUUUCAGAUCUUGAAAACUUACCCUGGUUUAACCUCUAAAAAUACCAUGUGAAUGCCAAGGAGCAGGGUUUGGUUAUUUAUCUCCAAAGUCCAAACAUUUUGAUAAAAAAAAUAGCGGAGCCCUAAAAUAUAUAAUAACAUGUAAGUCCUAAUAAACAGUAGGGCCACGUUUUACUGGUGAAAACAUCAUUUUGUGAUGUUUAUAGUGCAAACAAUUCCUUACCCCCCCACCCCCAUCCCACUAUUGUAAGUAUUCAGACCAUUUACUAAUGAUUUGACUUCUUAACUUGAAUCCACUUGCUUCCUGUCACUGACUCUCUGACAGCUGGAAGUUCUCUGCUCUGAGUUAAGCCCAUCGGUGCGGUGCUUUGCUCAUUGGCUGAGAGUGAUCAGCUGACCGUAUCAUCUAAUGAUCUAGCCCUGCAGGGCCUAGCACAGAAGAGCCAACAAAAUCUACAUGCAGGAGCUUCCGACUCCAUGGAGGAAGUGACCAGCGCCCUAAACCCGGGUAAGAAGUCUUACUGUUAACAAUCGCUUUGACUACUUACAUUGGGGGGAGCCAAGGCUCUCCUGGCACCAUAACCACUACAUCACGCUUUUCAUACGGUAUUGACAAACACACAGCAAGAUUGAGUAGUUUAAUGCAAAUGUUAAAAGGGAGCAGAAGGUAAACUGCAAUAAAACAAUUUAGAUAUGCUAAUACAGGAGAAAUAUAGGAUCUUGUAUGUGAGCUACCAGUCUAGCCUUUGUAGAAGUCUUAUAUAAUAUUUCAUGAGCUAAACUUGUACUUUCAGCACUAAAAUAGAUGGCAUGAUGGAGAGCGAAAUCAAAGGACGUCACAGUAAACACUGUUUUUUUUUUUUUGUUUUUUUUUUCUAUUAGUGUUGCUACCCAUUCAGGCUCCAUUUUUUUUGUCUCGUAUAAUCCUGAGCAAUAGUUAUUUAAAGGCUGCCAAGUCAGUCUGUUAUAUCCUGUUAUGCAACAUAUGCCAACCAUUGUACUUUCUAGAUAUAAGCAAAUACAACAUCCCACUUACUAGUUAACUAUAGAAAUACAAAAUUACUUUUUAUUUAUUUAUUAAUGUUUGUGAUAAUUAUUUCUUUGAUGUUUUUACAUAGCACACAUGCAUUUAGGCCUAACACAGGCACAUGCUUAUGAGACCAAAAAAAUGUAAAUGACUUGAAGGUAAAAUGUAAGCACCAAAUCAUUCUUGACCCAUUCACUCUCAAAAUCAUGUAUGUAUGUCUUUAAUUCACUUUGCAAAUUAAACUUUUUGUCCAUCUCUGGAAGGAGUGAUCUCCUAUUUCACUGCUGUUCACAUUAGCAUUCCCGUAAUAGGUAAAGAUUGUUAUAGUACUUUUCAAAUAUGUUUUAGAAAUAUAUGAUUUUAGCUCUAUUUACUGUAUGUGGACAUUAUGCUCAAAUGCAGACUUCUUUUUUGUUCUGUUGCAAUUUUCAGUAAGUUGUACUGGUGGUAAUGCCGUCAGGAUCCUUACAAAAACAAAUAAGCAGUGUAUUUGACUAUUUUUAUUUAUCUGUUUUUUUCACACAUAGUGAGUAUAUAUACUAUACUUGCAAUGGGAGGCCAGAAAUAAGUAUGAAAGCAUCACCUAACACUUUCAAUCAGUCACUGGUCGUAAAGGAACACUAUAGCGUUGGGAAUACAAAUGUGUGUAAAGGUAAAAGGGGUAUUUUACUUAGUUUUUCUACCACUCCGUGCCGGUCUCUGCUCCGAAUAGCUUUCUCUUUGGCUGAGAUUGGAAAUGGAAAAGAUUGGAAUUGGAGAUUGGAAAUGAAUAUCAGCCAAUCCAAUUAUUUUCCAUGAGAAAGUAUGGAGACUAAUGCGGGUAAAUACCCAGCUGCGCCAAUCAGAUGGUCUCUCUAAGACUGUCUAAUAUAAAUCGCAUAUAAACCUUAAAACACUGCAAUGUUAUCAGCUGCAGGGUUAAAACUGGGGGGAUGUGGUACCCAGAUCACUUAAUUGAGAUGAAGCGAUCUGGGUGCCUAUAGUGUCCCUAAUAAUUCCCUUCUCGGCUCAGAAUGAGCAGAGAAGGGAGAGAAAAGAGCCAACUACUACCUUGGGGACCAUCAUUGGUGUUAAAUUGAGAUGAAGUUUCCAGGAUAAGAAAGUUCCUUGAUAUUUGUGUACUUUCAGGUUACAAAAUGUGUGUCUGUUUAGGGUGCAGGUCGACGAAUAACCUUUCAAAUCGGAACUUGAUAUCAAAAGAUCCCAUUGUGUUAUCACGUCUAUUGUGUUAAUUAUUAAAUUAACUAUGCUGUCAAUAGGUCAUGAAUUCUUAUGUUUUGUUUUAGACCACCCGAGCUGAAUUUGAUCUGCCGGAGUAUUCCGUCCGCAGAAGGUACCAGGAUUUUGACUGGCUGAGAAAUAAACUUGAAGAUACACAACCCACCCACUUCAUUCCCGUAGGUUGUAUAACAGAUGUACCAGCUUGGACACAUUUAUGAAUAUUUGGCUGUAUGCAUUCUUUUGUAUUAUCAAUGUUCAGCCUCUUUCAAAUCUAACAUUGCCAGAUCUGCUGUCAGCUAUUGUAGACAUAUUGCUGGUUUCUGUUGCACUUGUGAAGUUAUACAUUUGGUUUUCUUUGCAUUUUAUGUCCCUGAUUUUGAGAGACUGAAGCCCAGAUUAACCAACAACGUGGGAUCUUUAUACCAUUGCUAUAUAUUUCAUUACCCAGAAAAUAGUCAACAAGCUCAUUUUACAAUUAACCCCUUAAGGACACGUGACCUCUGUGACAUGUCAUGAUUCCCUUUUAUUCCAGAAGUUGGUCCUUAAGGGGUUAAAGAAAGAUCCACCAGACUAAUGCUAUGCACACUAUUUAGAGCCCUGAAGAAAAAGAGCUACGGCUUUGACUCUUUCAGGAUUAAUUUAUGAAAUUAAAGAGGGUACCCAGUGUAGCUUUGCAGCCUGUGUUUCUAAUUCCACAGAGACCAGGAGCUGUUUUAGGAUUUGUGGCCAAUUGUAGAUCUCCCAUUGCUUGUAAAGGGAGAAUUUGUCAUGCAUAGCUCGCAAUUUGAUUUAUUCAAGGUUUAAAUCAUACUGUUUUUCUACAUGUAGUUUGUUGUAUCUAUCAAACCAUUACUGUGUAGUGCUAGUGUAAUACAAUAGUACUGUUCUGGUUGGUUUGAUAGGAAGAUAUUGAAGAUGCCUAAUACAAAUUCCUGAUUGUAGCAGUUAUGUAGAGUCGAUACAGAUUAUCUGUUGCCUUUUAGACUGAUUGCUGAUAACUGGUGCCUAUAUUCUGUGCAUACAGUUUUGACAAAGCAACACAAUUUCUACACAAAUCUGCCAUUAAUUGAACUGGGUGAUGCUUAUCCAUCUUCUAUCACUCUCAGGCAGCCAGUACAUGCUGGAAUCAGUGAGUCCAGCAUGUACAAUGUUAAUGUUAGGAGUCUGUUUUCACCAGUCAGACUCCUAUCACACUAAGGCAGCCAGCUCAGUACAUUACAGUAGUUUUUUCACUGUCUCACCUCCCCGCUAUCAGCUGAGCUCCUCAUGCAGGAACUCACAUGGAGGGGUGAUUUGAGUUUGCAAAGUGGCGGCUGGAAUUUCUGGAUCUGAAAGAUGGCAUGCAGGUGACUGGGAGUGGUGAGUAAGCGAUCUGUGAUAUCUGUAAAGUAUAAGGUCGAGAAAUCUAUCAGAUGGAUGUUCAUAUGCACACAACUAGAAUUAUGAUGGAUGGGCUGUUAUGUGCUAUUUGCUUACUAUUUGAUCAUAUUCUGUUUUUCAGUGGCAAAUAUUUACUCUGGAGUCAUUGGGCUUUUGUAUGUGUAUAGCAUUUUAGAGAUUUGCAUGUUUAAAGAUUUAAAUUCAGAAUGAAAAACUAGUAUAGUAAAUAAACUAAAAUGCCAAUGCCUUAUACAGCUCUGUGUUCAGUAGAUCUUUUACUGAGAGCUUUAACGCUCUGCAGUUACUGUCACUGGUGGCAGUAAAGAUCACCCUUACAAUGUUGGUUAAUUUUGGACCUUUGGCACUUUUUGCAUUACCUGCAUCUGAAACUUUCCUCUCUAAUUCAGCCUCUCCCAGAGAAGUUUGUGGUGAAGGGAGUAGUUGAUCGUUUUUCCGAAGAAUUUGUGGAAACCAGGAGAAGAGCUUUGGACAAGUUCCUCAAGAGGAUUGCAGACCAUCCCGUUCUCUCCUUCAACGAACAUUUCAAUGUCUUUCUUACAGCUAAGGUGAGGACAAUCCGUGAUGGUAUUAUCGAAGAAAAAUAAAUAGAAAGAGUUUUACUAUUAUUAUUUGCGGCUCUGUACAUGAGUACAGUUAAUUAACAAGUACAGUGAGGGAAAAAAGUAUUUGAUCCCCUGCUGAAUUUGAACGUUUGCCCACUGACCAAGAAAUGUUCAGUCUCUAAUUCUAAUGGUAGGUGUAUUUUAACAGUGAUACAGUGUAUUUAACAGAGACAGAAUAACAAAAUAUAAAUCCAGAAAAAAAAAUGCACGUCAAAAAAGUUAUAAAUUGAUUUGCAUGUCAAUGAGUGAAAUAAGUAUUUUAUCCCCUAUUAACCAGCAAUGAUCUCCCUGAAGUAAACAUGGGUUUACUUCAGGGAGAUCAUGCCAAACUAAUCUUAUUGAUUUUUUGAUUGGGUAACUAAAAUAAUAGAUCAAUGUGGUGCAGUAGACAUUGCUUACCUAGAUUUCAGUAAGGCUUUUGACACUGUUGCACAUAGAGGGCUUAUCAAUAAACUGCAAUCAUUAAAGGACCACUAUAGGCACCCAGACCUCUUCAGCUUAAUGAAGCCGUCUGGGUGCCAGGUCCAGCUAGGGUUAACCCCUUUUUUUAAAAAACAAAUCAGUUUCAAAGAGACACUGCUAUGUUUAUAAAUGGGUUAAUCCAGCCGCUAGAGGGCUUCCGCGUUUCUCACUGUGAUUUUCACAGUGAGAAGACGCCAGCGUCCAUAGGUAAGCAUUGUGAAUGCUUUCCUGUGGACUGGCUGAAUGCGCGCACAGCUCUUGCCACACAUGCGCAUUUAGCCGAAGAGGAGGAGGAGGAGAGCUCCCCACCCGGCGCCAGAGAAAGAGGUAAGUUUAACCCCUUCCUCCCCCCUCUGCGCCACUGGAGUGGGACCCUGAGGGUCAGGGCACCCUCAGGGCACUAUAGUGCCAGGAAAAUGAGUAUGUUUUCCUGGCACUAUAGUGGUCCUUUAAGUUUGGAUUCCAAUAUUGUUGAAUGGGUAAGGCGGUGGCUGAGUGACAGGCAACAGAGGGUUGUAGUCAAUGGAGUAUAUUCGAAGCAUGGGCUUGUCACCAGUGGGGUACCUCAGGGAUCUGUACUUGGACCCAUUCUCUUUAAUGUUUUUAUUAGUGAUAUUGCAGAAGGUCUUGAUGGUAAGGUAUGUCUUUUUGCUGAUGAUACUAAGAUAUGUAACAGGGUUGAUGUUCCAGGAGGGAUAAGCCCAAUGGAAAAUGAUUUAGGUCAACUAGAAAAAUGGUCAGAGUUGUGGCAACUGAUAUUUAAUGUGGAUAAGGGCAAGAUAAUGCAUCUUGGACGUAAAAACCUAAGGCCAGAGUACAGAAUAUUUGAUAGAGUCCUAACCUCAACAUCUGAGGAAAGGGAUUUAGGGGUGAUUAUUUCUGAUGACUUAAAGGUAGGCAGACAAUGUAAUUGAGCAGCAGGAAAUGCUAGCAAAAUGCUUGGUUGUAUAGGGAUAUGUAUUAGCAGUAGAAAGAGGGAAGUGCUCAUUCCAUUGUACAGAACACUGGUGAGACCUCACUUGGAGUAUUGUACGCAGUACUGGAGACCGUAUCUUCUGAAGGAUAUUGAUACCUUAGAGAGAGUUCAGAGAAGGGCUACUAAACUGGUUCAUGGAUUGCAGGAUAAAACUUACCAGGAAAGGUUAAAGGAACUUAACAUGUAUAGCUUGGAGGAAAGACUAGACAGGGGGGAUAUGAUAGAAACAUUUAAAUACAUAAAGGGAAUCAACACAGUAAAGGAGGAGACUAUAUUUAAGAGAAGGAAAACUACCACAGCAAGAGGACAUAGUCUUUAACUAGAGGGGCAAAGGUUUAAAAAAUAAUAUCAGGAAGUAUUACAUUACUGAGAGGGUAAUGGAUGCUUGGAAUAGCCUUCCAGCUGAAGUGGUAGGGGUUAACAUAGUAAAGGAGUUUAAGCAUGCGUGGGGAUAGACAUAAGGCUAUCCUAACUAUAAGAUAAGGCCAGGGACUAAUGAACGUAUUUAGAAAAUUGGGCAGGCUAGAUGGGCAGAAUGGUUCUUAACUGCCGUCGCAUUCUAUGUUUCUCCCAGGUGUCUUUUAUACAAGUAAUGAGCGGAGAUUAGGAGCACUCUCUUAAAGGGAAUGCUCCUAAUCUCAGCUUGUUACCUGUAUAAAAGACACCUGUCCACAGAAACAAUCAGAUUCCAAACUCUCCACCAUGGCCAAGACCAAAGAGCUGUACAAAGAUGUCAGGGUCAAGAUUGUAGACCUACACAAUGCUGGAAUGAACCAUCGUCAAGCAGCUUGGUGAGAAGGUGAAAACAGUUGGUGCGAUUAUUUGCAAAUGGAAGAAACACAAAAUAACGGUCAGUCUCCCUUGGUCUGGUGCUCCAUGUAAGAUCUCACCUUAUGGAGUUUCAAUGAUCAUGAAAACGGUGAGGAAUCAGCCCAGAACUACACGGGAGGAUCUUGUUCCUCAAGACAGCUGGGACCAUAGUCACCAGGAAAACCCACUACGCUGUGAAAGUCUGAAAUCCUUCAGCGCCCACUAGGUCUCCCUGCUCAAGAAAGCACAUGUACAGGCCUCUCUGAAGUUUGCCAAUGAACAUCUGAAUGAUUCAGAGGAGAACUGGGUGAUCAGAUAAGACCAAAAUCGGGCUCUUUGGCGUCAACUUAACUCGCCAUGUUUGGAGGAGGAGGAGGAAUGCUGCCUAUGACCCCAAGAACACCAUCCCCACCAUCAAACAUGGACGUGUAAAGAUUAUGCUUUGGGGGUGUUUUUCUGCUAAGGGAACUGGACAACUGCACCGCAUCAUAGGGACGAUGGACGGGGUCAUGUACCGUACGAUCUUUGGUGAGAACCUCCUUCCCUCAGCCAGGGCAUUAAAAAUGGGUUGUGGAUGGGUAUUCCUGCAUGACAAUGACCCAAAACACACAGCCAAGGCAACAAAGGAGUGGCUCAAGAAGAAGCACUUUAAGGUCAUGGAGUGGCUUAGCCAGUCUCCAGACCUUAAUCCCAUAGAAAAUCUGUGGUGGGAGCUGAAGGUUCGAGUUGCCAAACGUCAGCUUCGAAACUUUAAUGACUUGGAGAGGAUCUGCAGAGAGGAGUGGGACAAAAUCCCUCCAGAGAUGUUUGCAAACCUGGCCGACUACAAGAAAUGUCUGACCUCUGUGAUUGCCAACAAGGGUUUUGGCACCAAGUACUAAGUUAAAAGGAUCAAAUACUUAUUUCACUCAUUGACAUGCAAAUUAAUUUAUAUAACUUUUUUGACAUGCAUUUUUCUGGAUUUUUUUUUUGUUAUUCUGUGUCUCACUGUAAAAAUACACCUACCAUUAAAAUUAUAGCCUGAAUGAUGUGGAAUCAAUUAAUAAAUUUAUUAUCUUGCGUGUCUGCCCUCGGCCAAAUUAAGAAGUAAUGCGUGCACGCUACUAAAGUAAUUGACACCAGACACACGUUUCGGGUUAAUGAAAAACUUGAGGAAUGUUUAUUCUGAGGGGACGGCAUGUCCCGUAUAAAGCAAAAUUACAUCAUAUGCAUUGUCAGAGAUAACCUGGAAUAAUACAUCAAUAAUUGGUUAGGUGUUACAUGGUUUAUUUAGUGCUCUUCCUACCGGGUGUGAUGUCACUGGUAUCUUGGAGGUCUCCCCCAGAUUCCAGCGCCAUCUUGUUAAUGAGGGUGUUAGUCGAUGUCAAAGGGAAACUCCCUAGCGGCCAUUUUACGUAGAUCACAUAGAAGGUUGAAUAAUGCUGAUUGUAGUUAUAUUGAGUAAAUAGGCACUUUACCAACAUGGAUUGGGUUAAUAUUUUUGCCCACAACACUGAUCAUUUCUUUAUCAGUGGGCAAACGUUCAAAAUCAGCAGGGGAUCAAAUACCUAUUUCCCUCACUGUAAAAAGACAAAAGUACAAUGCACCUGAGACAAUACAAAAGACCUGAACAAAUACAGGUGGUGUUGAGGGCUCUAUUGCCAUGGAACUUACAAUCUAGAUGGCAAAGGCAUACCCAAAAAAAGUUGUGGACUACAUCUCAUAUAAAGCUCUUACAGCCAUAAAGCUGCCAAAGCAUCAAGGGAGAUGUCAUCCACAACAUCUAGAGUGCUGAAUAUUGCUUACCCCUGUCCUAGUACACCAGGGAACAAUUUGCAGGUUAUAUUAUUCAGAUGAUUCUAUUAUGGUUUACAUGGGCUCCAGCUCACUUAUAAAUCUGACCGAGAACCAUGCAGUAACUCUUUAGAUAACGUUAUAUCUGACUAUUUUAAUAUGUCAGGCCUAAGUCAUCCAGUAUUAAAUAUGAAAAAUCCGCCAAAUAAAACCUAUAGGUUGCAUACCCAGCUUCUGUUUCCAAGGGGAAGUGUUGUGUAAGAAGCAGGAAUAAUGCCACGGUAUUUACAUCCCCUUUGUGUAAUGUACUCUCUGCUCUUCCUGUCUAGAAAGCUUAAAUGUAACUUAAACUUACCUGAUUGCAUUAGUGUCUUUUAAAAUUAACUUGGCACUUAGUGCUUGUAACAGUUAAUUAAAUGUUUGUUGUUUUUUUUUUUUUUGUACACAUUCAUUUGUAUAACAGGAUCUGAACAGUCACAAGAAGCAGGGAAUAACUUUGCUUUCUAAAAUGGGGGAGUCUGUGCGGUACGUGACAAGUGGUUACAAGCUGAGAGCUCGUCCCAUGGAAUUUUCAGCAAUCACAGAAUACUUGGACACAUUUGCACUGAAACUUGGCACAAUUGACAGAAUAGCACAACGUAUAAUCAAGGAGGAAGUGGGUAUGGUCUUUUUGUGUGUUUUUUUUUUUUUUUUUUCUUUCUGGUUCAAAGUGUCUGAUUAAAUCCAAUGUCUGAAGGCAUAGCUCACUUUCCAAAGCUUUACCAAUGGAGCAUUUGUGUUACAUUUUACUCUUUGUAUUCUACUAAGUGUAUGUAGGUUUAUGAUUAGUUUAUUUUUGUUCCUGACUCAUACACCUUCAGAUUAGAGUGUCUAGUCACUACUUAAUAAAUUGUGUUGACAAUAGAAUUCCUCUCUAAUAGUAGCCAUUUAGCAAUUUGAUUGUCAGUUUGCUAUGAUUCACAAUAUCCUAUUUUUAAACUAAUACUUUAAAAAAGGAAUCGUGAAUGCAAAAUGCCCUCUGUAGUAUGUUAUUAUUGGUCCUGUCAUUACCUAGAAGUUUAUGUUGAAAGCAGAUAUCCAGGUGUAGUUGUUUCUACAAAGAGACAUUUAACCAUUAACAUUCCUGGCAAAUGUCACGGCAUUUGAUCAAUAGUGUAUAUAAUUUUUCCAAUUGCUGUUUGUAAUCUGUUCUAAACAGUCUUUUCUUUUAUAUAUUGAUUUACAAUUUUCCACCAUGUAAAAAAACAAGUGUUUAAAGCGGAUCUGUCACGUUUGGCGGUAUUUGCAUAUUUUGCAAAGAUCCCCGAAAUUCGCAGACCUGGUGUGGGUCCGGUGGCAGCAGUGUAGGAGUGGUGAGUUUUUUUACUUACCUUGCGGCUGCCACUGUCUUCACGCAGCUAUCCUCUUCGGCUCCUGGCACAUUAGUGCUGAACUCUCACACAUGUGCGGGAGUACAACACUGGAGUCUAUGGAGAAUCCCGUGAGACCACAGGAUCCUCCAUAGACAGAACCUGAAUCCCACACGGCUGCUGGAAAUGGACAAAAUUUGACAGCGGAGCUCCACAUUCGCUUUUGUCAACCACAGGCAUUACAAUAAGACAAAGGAGUCCUUACGUUGUCCUAUGGUAUCUUUGGAUUGCAUUGGAAUUGCAGUGAAAUGCCAACAUAGUCUUGAUCAGUAUUUCAGAAAGCAUAUGUAUUCGUUAAAUACUGAAAUGUGGCAGAUCUGCUUUAAAAGAUCAAAUUAGACCUUCAAUGUAGAGCAGACCUAGAAAGAGACCUUUCUACAACUGUUUAAUGGACAUUACAGAGGUAUAGCCCUCCUCUAAAGACAUGAAGCUGUGGUAGGGGGUGACUUGAGUAAUAACAGAGAAGCUUUAUAGGAGGAUCAUUCAAGUGGCAAAUGUAUGGGUAGCCAACGUAUAUGGUAUUGGAUAUUCUUUUAGGGGUAAAAUAGGAAUUUCAGCUAUUUGGAAAUCUGCUAAACCACCUACUAUCUCAGAAGUGAUUUCCCAGUUAGAUACCCACCACCCAUUUCUAGUAGGGGGGUGGGUGAUAUGUCCAAAUUCAUGAAUAUUUGAGGACAAUGCUAUGAUGGUGCAUCGAGAUAUUAUGAGAAUAAAAUGUAUUUACAAUUACUACUCUUAAGUUUCCCAAUGGGUCCAAACAAGUUUUACAACUGACACUGAUGUUAUGUACUUACACCACUUGUAGAGAUGUAUCGGUGCUAAUUGUGUGAUUUCCCUGUACCAGAUUGCAUGAGCUAGGUAUUUUGUUCCUUUACAUUUCAUGUCUUUAUUAUAUUUGUUGUGAAAAAUUAAAGGAAAAUAAUACAUGGGGUGAAGAAAAUCUAACUAGAAAGUGAUACUCUAGGAGUAAAUGAAUCACAAUAAAUUUAACUUUUUUAUUGUAUAAAGAAACAUGAGCAAUUAGUUGUAUGUUAAAUGUUUGCUAGAAGCCAAUGAGCUCUGCUCUGGCAUCACCAAAGACUCAUUGCAUAUUAUGCUUCCAUAUCAGAAUAUCUAGUGGAGCUACGAGAGUAUGGCCCAGUGUACUCUACGUGGAGUGGCUUGGAAGAGGAGCUCCGUGAACCUUUGGAAGGAGUGUCUGCUUGUGUUGGCAAUUGCAGUACUGCACUGGAGGAGCUCACCGAGGAUAUGACCGAGGAUUUUCUGCCGGUGUUAAGAGAGUAUAUCCUCUACUCUGAAUCUUUGAAGGUAAAAUGAGAAGAUUGAGUGAUGCAACUAUUGCCAGUUUUUCUUUGAAAUAUUUCUUUUAUUAAGUACCCCAAUACAUUAUACAUGAAAAUACACUUUAUGCUUUAGGAGCAAAGUGUGAAAUCAUAUUUCAAUGUUUUUAGGAUUGUGGCUCAUCUUUAUCAAGACAAGCUCGUGUGGCAGUAUGCUAAAUUUGGAGCACCAUGACUAUUCUGACAAAUGCCACUUUUAACUCACUCUCGCUGUGUGUUGAUAAAUAUUGUGCUAUUGUCACUCUGAUUCUGUGUUCUACACUGAUUCUGCUUUCUGGGCCAUACUCGUUUCCAUUUAAGAGUCAAUUUAUGAUGAAUUCUAGAAAAAGGAUUUGUCUUCCAGUUGUGUAUUCCAUGCAGUCAUGUGUAUCCAGCUAUUGAUUUACUGAGAUGUAUGACAAGGAUAGUGUUUUGCAAAGGCGUUCACAUGCAUUGUUUUGGAAUAUUUUCGCCUUGUUCCGUUAACCCCUGAGGUUCAUGCUCCCUUUAAGAUGCAUAUACCAAAGGAUUGAGGUGAAGGUGUGUGGAUCAAAUUAUUUGAAGCAUGUGAUUUUCUGAACAGUUAAAAGUGCGUUUGAGACCGUUUGGCAAACCUGGAGUAGCAUAUAGGAAAAGUUGUAGAAAUACAUUAUCCAUGAUCUCCGUGACACUGUGUUUAACUAGUCUAUAAAUCACUUUGUUCUCACUCUCUAGAAUGUACUUAAGAGAAGGGAUCAGACUCAAGCUGAAUAUGAAGCCAAACUGGACUCUGCCGCCCUCAAAAGAGAAGAGCGAACUGGGGUAAUUGAAACAUACUGUACUUUUCUUACAGCUAGUAGGUUUGCCAGAAACCUAUUACAUCUUCAUGUUGGGCAGCACAUGAAAAGCGUUGUCCUGCAUGAUGUAGAAAUCCGAUGCUGCAGCAUUUCAGAUUGUUUAAUAACUACUUGUUUACUACCUAUACAAUUUCUGAUUGACAUACUGCAGAGUUGCACUUUGCAAGUGCAGCCCAUCGAGACAUAAGUGAUAUGUGUCCUGGACAACAAGAGGGAAUCUGGCAAACCAAACUGAGACACAAGUGAAGUCAUUGCGUCACAGAUUGUAUUAAAUGUUGCAUUUUUAAAACUUAUUUUUCCACAUUUUGCACGCAUCAGCAUAUGUUCUUGAUCCCUAACAAGUGUCUUGAAAUUGGCUCGCAAAUAGUACAUUUUAGCCAAAGUGGUCUCUCAAUGGAUCGGUUUAGAAAAACUAACAAAAUCAGAAGAACACUAAAACAUAAUCUGCCGGAAAAUAAAGUGGAUUUGCAAGUGUGUUUCUUUUUUUUUUUUUUUUUUUCUUCAUGGUAUCCCCUGAAUCAUGCCAAGGUUCCUGUAGAGGGCACUAGAGCAUUAAUUUUUUCACAUACAUUCUUGGUUUGUUUAAGGGGAAGCAUAGUGUAUGUCGCUACUGAUUUAAUAGGAUAAAAAUUAAACCCUGCUCAAAACCUACUAGUGGGAGAAGGCUGGCAACGUUUAGCUUUGGAGGCAAGUACAAAUUAAUAGUUUUUUAUUUUUAUUUUAUUAUAUAUGUAACACAGAUGCAGAAAUCUGUGCUGAUGGUUUGAGGUGUAUAGGUGGGAGGCUGCUGGAUCAGGUGUUGUGACCUCAUAUAUCACAAUUUUUUUCGCUCUUUAUUUCUGCUGUGGGAGCAAUAAAAUAAUCUAUGCUUGCCCAAGUGAUGCAGACUGUUUCCUAUAAAUCCAUAGACACCAGUGCUUUGUCUCACCCCACAGCCACUUGUAGACAUUUCUGUAUCAAACAUACUCCUCAUAGCCUGGACGUGUGGUUGGCCACAGGUAGUUUUGUCUCCUGGAAAUAUCGUAGUGGGCUAGUCCAGGCCCAGAGAGCACUGUGCUUGUGGGCUCCCACUCCAGUCUGCAGACGAAUGGUGAUAUGUGAUAAAUGAUAGUGGUCUGAGGAGCAAUUAACUUCUAGUGAGCUUUUCCAUCUCUCUCCUGCAUAAAAUCAUACAGAGAUAAUCACCCUUUUGUCUGCAGGAAACAAAAACAUGUUUGUAUUAAUAUUUUCCUGUAGUAGUAUGUUGUAACAUUUUUGGAUGUGUUGAAUAAUUCAUAUUAACUUGACAGCUUUCUUUAAUUGAAACCAACACAUAGUAAUUCCAUUUCUGUUUGAAUCUAUUAGGGGCCUACGGAUGUAGAGAAGUGUCAGGAUAAGGUGGAAUGCUUUAAUGCUGAUUUGAAAGCGGACAUGGAGAGGUGGCAAAAUAACAAGAGGCAGGAUUUCCGUCAGCUGCUCAUGGGAAUGGCUGAAAAAAACAUUCAGUACUAUGAAAAGGUGAGUGUCUGAUGCACUGUUCUGGGCAUUCAGUGCUUAAUCUGGUGCAGGCUUAAUUGGAAACGGAAAAGACUCCCAAUGUGGUUUUAUUAAGCUAAUUUUCUACAUUAAUUGGGCUAGGUGCUGUGGCCCGUCCUUCUAAGCUUUAUAGAGGUUGCAAUGUUUACAUUUCAGGGUCUUACAGCACUGACAUUAAACCUUGCAGCUCACAGGAAUGCAGUAAAUUCAGUUCUUUCCUAUGAGAAGCAUUAGCAUGGAAACCCAAUCCGUGACCAAUCCAAUUAUCUCCUCUAGGAGGCGCAUUGGAUUGGUCAUUGGUUUGAGUAUAAAAUUAAUGAAAUUCACCUUGGUUUUCUUCUUACACAUAACUUAAAGCAGGGACUACUUUUUCUUUUGGACAGUGUGCUCUUUGGCAGUGAGCAAAUUGUAAGCAAAGUUCCACUUCAGCUGCUAAUUUACCCAUCAUCCAUCAGUCAAAAAAAUCCCACAGAAGGGUAAACUACAGAUGUCAUGGACAGAGUAUAACAAAUGGAGGUGCCUGGAUUUUGAGAUCCAAUACAAGGGAAAAAAAGAUAAUAAAUGUAAAUAAAGACAAUUGGCAAGGGAGACGUAUAAUCAUUAGGAUGCAAGGGACAUAAAAAGUGGAAAAUUACAAUGCCGCUUUAAUUGUGUAGUAUACUUGCUAGCCGAGAAGCGUGUAAAGUGUUUAAUCACACAUCUGUUUAUUUUUUUUUAACAGUGCCUUACAGCAUGGGAAUCCAUUAUACCACUGCUUCAAGACAAACGCGAAUCUAAGUGAGCAUUUGUUCAGUGGGCCAACACUUUUCACCAUGGAUGGAGAUAACCCGAGCUCAAACUGCACAACUCACCAUUCUGGGUGGCUGGCAUGUUGAUGGACCUCCUCUGACAUUUACAUUUUACUGCAAUGCAAAAGAUGCCAAACUUGCCCCUUCAUACAUCCUCCAACUUUGCUUUUCUUCUUGUUAUUCCUAAGACUUCGUUAACUAACUGUUCUGAUCCACGAUAUCCACUGUAUGUAACCAUACAGAGGUGUGAUGAAACAUAAUAUGUGUCUUACUAUGGCAGCAAGUCUACCACUUCUAUAUGGAGGAUUUCCUGGCUUUUAUAACACUAAAAAUUAAAAAACUUACUGAGUGCAUUAAAAAAUCUCACCACAAUGAGCGUUCCACUGAGUGUAUUUCCAGAGAUGAUUAAUUUCUAUAGCUAACCCUCCUUUUCUAAGUAAAUUAUAAGGGCGAACAUUUUACAUGUUACUGGGGACCCUUUUCUCAGCAUUUUGUGCAGUCCAACUUUUUUUGGCCUUACUGUCACAAAGAGGCCAUGAUGUUCGCAUGAACAGUGUUCGUAAAUGUGGCAUGAAGUUGUUUCUCUUUGAUGUUACUUUUCUUGAGGGUUUUUUGUUUAUUUAAUUAUUUUUUUUCAAAAUUUUGAAGUUAAUAAUAUGCAUUGCAUUGUAUCUCUGCUCAAGGAGCCAGAUUUAAGGGAUGAAAAAUAUGUUUACACUGGGGCCUUAUCUGAAAUUUAUUAAAGGGAACACCUGACAGAGGACCUGUUUUUUGUUAUUUUCAAAAUUCCAUAAAAAACAAAACAGUUUUGACUUUUUUAAUUAAAAAAUAAAUAAAAUCAUUUUAAGUGCAGUGCUUGUAUUUUUUUCUAUUAUAUCUGCUUGCAAGCUAUAAUUUAUGAACUGGGCUCCAUAUAGUGUGUAAUAGCAGCUUCCUCAAGACUAGACGUGACAUGAAU